ACUCUGGGCAGUACAGAUGUGUUGCAUCCAACAAGCAUGGAGAAAUUGAAUGUAGCACAGAAUUGAAAGUUGAAGAAAAGAAAGAGGCUGCACUUCUUGAAGGAGACUUAAGAGCUAAAUUGAAGAAAACUCCAUCAAAGCAGAAGAGUCCAAAGGAAACCCAGGAGAUUGAUAUUGUUGAGCUACUGAGAAACGUAGAUCCAAAAGAAUAUGAGAAAUAUGCCCGCAUGUAUGGAAUUACAGACUUCCGUGGUCUCCUUCAGGCUAUUGAGUUUCUAAAGAAGGAGAAAGAACAUGAAACUGGAAGAGUGGAAGCUGAACUAGAAAGAAGGAAAUCAGAUGAGGAUUUGGAAAAACUGGUGUCGGAGUUGCAAACCAGAAUGGAACAGACAGAGCCUAUCACGGUGUUGAAGGACAUCACAGACCAAACCACAGUCAUAAGCAAGGAGGCAGUGUUUGAGUGUGAAAUCAAGAUCAACUUCCCUGAGAUCCGUCUGUCUUGGUAUAAAGGAACUCAGAAGCUUGACACUGAUGAAAAAUAUGAAAUCAGCAUUGUAGGUGAUCGUCACUUAUUGAAAAUCAAGAACUGUAAAUCUAGUGACGAGGGAAAUUACCGCAUUGUGUGUGGCCCACACAUUUCCAGUGCUAAAUUAGCCGUUGUGGCAGUUGAAGUUGAGGAACACCUGAAACCUGUACCUGCUACCAAAAUCCAUUUCACCAAGCGUAUCCAGAACAUUGUGGUGAACGAACACCAGUCCGCCACCUUUGAAUGUGAAGUCUCCUUUGACAAUGCUAUUGUUACGUGGUACAAAGGCACAUGGGAACUCAAAGAGAGUCCAAAGUACAGCUUUCGAAGUGAAGGUCGUCGUUACUUUAUGACCAUCCGCAGCGUUACUUCAGAAGAUGAAGGCGUGUAUUCUGUGAUUGUGAGGUUGGAGCCAAAAGGUGAAGCUAAAAGCACUGCUGAACUUUACCUGUCCAGCAAAGACAUUGAGGUAGAAAGGGUUUCCUAUGAUAUCCAUGAUUCAACUAUACAAGUUCCUGAGGUGUCAUCUACAGUCACCUCUAAAGUUGAGGCUUCUUUUGAUUAUUAUGAAGAGAAGACAGAAGUUAGAGAGUUUGAAAGCUGGACAGUUGAAGAACAAAGAGUAAUUCAGGAAUUCUCUACAAUUCAAGCACCAAGAAUCCCUAUUGAGGAAACAGUUCCAAGGGCUGAAAUAGGAGAGAGAAAAGAAGCGCCAAUUAAAGUUCCUGAGGUUCCAAAGAAACCAGAGCUUGAAACCGCCGUUCCGUCUGUGCCUGAGGUACCCUCAAAAGUACCUGUAACCAGGGUGCCUGUUCAAGAAGAAAUUACUGCAAUAGUUGUUCCUGAACAAAGAGACCGCCUUGAGCCAAAAGAAUAUGAAGAGGUCAAGAAGCCUGUUCCCCAGGGUGCUGCUAUUCCUUCCAUUCCUGAAAAAGAUCAGGUUACUCCUAAAAAAGAUGUACCCGAACCUACAUCAUAUGUGAUUCUUGAACCAAAACCACCUGUAACACCAGAAACUAAAGCCAGACCUCCAGCUCAGGUUGAACCUGAACCAAAGCCUGAACCAGCAGCUCUGCUUAAACCUAAGCCAAAGCCUGCACCAGCAGCUCAGGUUGUGCCUGAACCUAAACCUACACUACCAGUUCAGGUUGAACCAGAACCAAAGCCUGCACCAGCAAAAAAACCCAAGGCCCCCCCUCCCACAGUUCCCGAUGAAACAAAGAAACCAGAGCAGAAGAAACUGGAGCAACCUAAAGUGGAAGAAGUUGCAAAACCACAGGCAGUUCCAUUUGUUCCAAUGGUUGCUGCUCCCCAGAAAGUGCCAGAAGCUCCAAAGAAACCAGAAGCAGUUCCUGAAAUAAUUUCUAAAAAAGAGGAAAUUGUUCCGAAGGACGUACCUCCUCAAAAGACAGAGAUAACUCCAGGAAAAGUUCCAAUGGAAGCAAAGAAACCAGAAACACCAAAAGCAGAGACAGCUAAAAAAACGGGUGUAAAGCCAACAGCACAAAAGGAGGCCAUUCCACAGAAAGUGCCUGAAGUAAAACAGAAAGAAGUCCUUGAGGAGAAGUUACUGGUUGUUGUACCUACAAAGGAGGCUGAGGUCACUUUAACUACAGUUCCAAUGGAAGCAAAGAAACCAGAAAUGUCAAAAGCAGAGGCAGCUAGAAAACCAGGCAUAAAGCCUUCAGCACCAAAGGAGGGCAUUCCACAGAAAGUGCCUGAAGUAAAACAGAAAGAAGUGCUUGAGGAGAAGUUACUGGUUGUUGCACCUACAAAGGAGGCUGAAGUCACUUUAACUACAGAAUCUGCAGCUCCAAAAAUACCUGGCAAAGUUUUCCCCACUGCUCCAAAGACAAAAAUAGAUAAAGAACCAUUGAAAAAAGGACCCCCAGCCACAAAAGUGAUGGCACUUCCCAAGAAACCUGAGGUGGCUCCAUCUCCUCUGAUUCAAAAGUGGGAGGAGAUCUCAUAUGAAAUUGAGGAGACCUCUCACACAGAAGAAAUGUAUCUUCAUGAAAGGGUGUAUGAGAGUGCCCAGCAAUUCUUUGAGGAAAAAGAGAUACUUAUUGUAGAAGAUGUAUCACCUGCUUCAAGAGAAGAAAUUAGUUUGAAGACAGAAGAAAUCCCUAGGCAGAAAGAAACCCUACAAGAAACUGUUCCAAAGAAAGUUCUCCCUUACAUGACAGAAGACAAACAAGAAAGAGUCCCAAAAACUGAAGCUGUUCCUGACAAAGUGUCAGAACCAGAAAAGAAGAUUGUUCCUGAAAUAGCACCUGUGUCAGUUGGUCCUCCAAAAGUGCCAACAGCUGAGAAGAAAGCUGUGCCUGAUGUACCAAAACCAGUCCCUGAUCAUCUUGCAGAGAAAGUUUCUCCACCCAAAGUGCCAGAAGAAGUUAAAAAGGUUCCAGAAAAAACAAAAUCUACACCCCAACAAGUCGAGAAACACUUAAAGGCAGUUCCAGUGCCAGAAGAAGUGAAAGAGGUUCCAGAAAUUCCAAAACCUACAACACAGCAAGUUGAGAAACAAUUAAAGGCAAUUCCAGUGCAAGAAGAAGUGAAAAAGGUUCCAGAAAAACGAAAACCUACAAUCCGACAAGUCGAGAAAGAAUUAAAGGAAGUUCCAGUUCUAAAGCCAGUGCCAAAAGCUGAAGAAACAAUGGCUAUCAUAAAGAAAGAUACUGAAAAGGUUGCACCUGUAAAAGUUCCAUCAAAGUCGGAUGAGCCAAAACCGGUUCCUAAAAAAAUGGAAGUGGUUCCCACAGUAUCACCAGUUAGAGAACCAGAGAAGAUGACUAUACCAGAACUCACCCCUGUUUCAGUUAAAGACAUUGCACCUCAAAAAGAUGAUGAAAAGGGACCUGUUACAGCACCUGGAGCAUACCAACAAGAUGGGAAACCGAAAGAAGAACCAGGAAAAGGUAGAGGCUUAAAAGCAAGACAAACACCAUCUCCUGGAGAUGCUGAUAAGAGAAAAGGUUUAAAACCUGGAACCGGAGGUGAAAAGCCACCGGGUGAUGCACCAUUUGGAUUCCAGCUUAAGGCUGUCCCUUUGAAGUUUGUCAAAGAGCUGAAAGACAUUGUGCUACAAGAAGCUGAGUCGAUUGGCUCCUCCGCUGUAUUUGAGUGUCAGGUGUCUCCCUCCACUGCUAUUACUUCAUGGAUGAAGGAUGGAAGCAACUUAAGAGAAAGCCCUAAAUACAAGUUCACCUCAGAUGGCAAGGAUCGUAAGCUUGCCAUUAUUGAUGUCCAGUUGUCAGACACUGGUGAAUAUACUUGUGUUGCUAAGCUGGGAAACAAAGAAAAGACUUCCACAGCCAAGCUCAUUGUUGAAGAACUCCCAGUCAAAUUUACGAAAAACUUAGAAGAGAUGUCAGUUCUCAAAGGACAGCCAAUGUACUUGACCUGUGAGCUGAGCAAAGAGAGGGAUGUAGUCUGGAAGAAAAAUGGUAUACCCCUUGAACAAAUCCCUGGAAAGCUGGCAAUUAAUAUCAUUGGACUACAGCAUGCGAUAACCAUUCAGAAUGCAACAGAUGAUGAUGCUGGUAUUUACACAUGUGAAUGUGAAAACAUCAAGACUGAAGCAGAUGUGAAAGUAAUUGAAAUUGUAAGAGAUUGGCUGGUAAAACCACUGAGGGAUCAACAUGUAAAACCCAAGACCACUGCCACCUUCAAAGGUGAGCUAUUUAAGGAUACUCCAAACUGGAAGUGGUUCAAAGGAGACGAUGAGAUACCCAGGGAGCCCAAUGAUAAGACUGAAGUUACAAAGGAUGGAAAAAACCUCCUUCUGGUCAUUAAGAAUGCAGCUCCUGAUGAUGUUGGGGAAUAUGCUGUGGAGGUUGAAGGGCAGAGAUAUGCAGCUAAGCUAACUCUAGGAGAGAGAGAAGCUGAAAUAUUGAAGCCUAUCUCCAGUGUGGAAGUGUAUGAAAAAGAAAGUGCUAGCUUUGAAACAGAAAUUUCUGAGGAAGAUGUAACUGGAGAAUGGAAACUCAGGGGCCAAGUUUUGACAAGAUCUCCUAAUUGUGAUAUUAAAGUGGAAGGCAAGAAGCGUUCUCUUUCUUUGAAAAAUCUCCAAGUUGACCAGUCUGGUGAAGUGUCUUACCAAGCUUUAAAUGCCACCACUGCUGCAAUGCUAACAGUAAAAGAAAUCGAAUUGGACUUUACUGUUCCACUGAAGGAUGUUUCUGUACCAGAAAAGAAACAGGCCCAGUUUGAGUGUAGUAUCACAAGGGACAUUCCGAAGGUCAUAUGGAUGAGGGGAACUGAUAUUAUCACUCCUGGAAAAAAAUAUGAUAUCAUUGAUGAUGGGAAAAAGCACAUACUUGUCAUCAAUGAAUGUGAAUUUGAUGAUGAGGGUGAAUAUACUAUUGAAAUCCAGAGCAGAAGAUCAACAGCUAAGCUAACAGUAGAAGGUAUAAGGCUGAGGGUUAUUACACCUCUGAAGGACCAAACAGUAAAGGAAGGCAAAACAGCUCGGUUUGAGCUUGAGAUCAGUCAUGAGGAUGUACCAGUGACAUGGUACAAAAAUGAAAUCAAACUGCAUAUGAGCAGAACUGUGCUUACUCAUGUUGAUGGAAAGAAGCACAUAUUAGAAAUCAAAGAGGUCACUCUAGAUGACACCUGCCAAAUCAAAGCAGAGGCUAAAGGAGUAUCCACAACGGCUAAUCUUUUGGUUAUAGAGGCCGAUCCAUACUUCACAGUUAAAUUGCAAGAUUACACUGCAGUUGAAAAGGAUGAUGUCACAUUAGACUGUGAACUGAGUAAAGAUGUGCCUGUAAAAUGGUACCAUAAUGAGACUGAAGUGAAAGCCUCUAAGAUGGUUUCUAUUAAAGCUGAUGGCAAACGGAGAAUCCUAUCAAUCAAAAGAGUAGAAAAUAAGGAUAAAGGAAAUUAUGCAUGUGACUGUGGAACAGAUAAAACAAUGUCAGAAAUUAACAUAGAAGCUCGUGACAUUAAAGUCCUUCGUCCUUUGUAUGGUGUGGAGCUCUUUGAAGGAGAGACAGCUCGUUUUGAAGUGGAAAUCUCUGAGGGUGAUAUUCAUAGCCAGUGGAAAUUGAAGGGAGAAACCCUGACCCAGUCUCCUGAUGUUGAAGUUAUUGAAGAUGGUGCCAAACACAUCUUGACAUUGUACAACUGCAAAAUCCCCCAGUCAGGCGAAGUGUCAUUCCAGGCCGCUAAUGCCAAGUGUGCAGCUAAUCUGAAAGUAAAAGAACUUCCACUUACCUUCAUCACUCCUUUGAGUGAUGUUCAAGUGUUAGAGAAGGACGAAGCACGGUUUGAGUGUGAAGUGUCCAGGGAUGCUAAAAGCUUCCGUUGGCUAAAAGGAUCUCAGGAGGUGAAAACUGAUGAAAAGUUUGAAAUUCUCCAAGAGGAAAAGAGGCACAUUCUUUUGGUAAAAUCUGCAGCCUAUGAGGAUGAAGCCAAAUACAUGUUUGAAGCGGAAGAUAAGAGAACCACUGGAAAAUUAAUCAUUCAGGGAAUUCGACUUGAGUUUGUCAAGCCCAUUAAGGAUGUCACAGUGAAAGAACGUGAGACUGCAGAGUUCAGUGUCGAGCUGUCUCAUGAGAAGGUGCCAGUCAUUUGGUACAAGAAUGAUGUGCGCCUGCACCCUAGUAAAGUGGUCCAUAUGUCAGAACUUGGAAAAAUUCAUACCCUGGCCUUUAAGGAAGUUUGCAUUGAUGACACUUCCCUAAUUAAAGCAGAAGCACUCGCAAAAUGUUCAGAGGCUAUGCUUACUGUCCUUGAGGGAGAGCCGUACUUCAUCACCAAACUGCAGGACUAUACUGCAGUGGAGAAGGAUGAAGUGGUGCUAAUGUGUGAAGUGAGCAAGCCGGCUGCUACAGUGAAAUGGUUCAAGGAUGGCAAGGAAGUCACUCCAUCCAAAAAUGUGCUAAUCAAAUCUGAUGGCAAGAAGCGUGUACUCAUUGUGAGGAAGGCAGAGAAGGGCAACAUAGGCGAAUAUGCUUGUGACUGUGGUUCUGACAAGACUUCUGCUAAACUAAAUAUUGAAGAGCGUGACAUUAAGAUCGUCCGUCCCUUGUACAGCGUGGAGGUUACAGAAACUGAAUCUGCACGCUUUGAAACAGAAAUUUCUGAGGAGGAUGUUCAUGGUCAUUGGAAACUUAAGGGAGAGGCCCUUCAUCAAUCUCCCGACUGUGAGAUUAAGGAAGAAGGUACUAAACAUGUCCUUAUACUGUACAAUGUGCUCAAGAACCAGGCUGGUGGUGUGGACUUCCAAGCUGCUAAUGCUAAAUCCAGUGCUCAGCUCAGAGUUAAGGCUCGGAUGAUUAGCCUGCUACGACCACUCAAGGAUGUUACAGUUACUGCUGGGGAGACUGCUACUUUUGACUGUGAACUGUCCUAUGAAGGAAUUGAAGUUGAAUGGUUCCUUGGCAACACAAAAUUGGAGCUAAGUGAAAGAGUUGUCACACGAGCUGAAGGAAGAGUUCACACAAUGACUCUCAGAGAUGUAAAGCUGACAGAGGCUGGAGAUGUGAAAUUGACAGCGAAGGACUUUGUCAUCCAGGCUAAACUUACUGUAAAUGAACCACCCGUUGAGUUUACUAAACCUCUGGAAGACCAAACUGUAGAGGAAGAGGCCACUGCCAUUUUGGAGUGUGAAGUCUCCAGGGAAAAAGCAGAGGUCAGAUGGUUCAGAGAAGGACAAGAAAUCCACAAAACUAAGAAGUAUGACAUUGUAACUGAUGGGCGAAAGAGAAAGCUCAUCAUUCAGGGCUGCACACUUGAUGAUUCCAAGACUUACACCUGUGAUGCAAAAGAUUUCAAAACAUCUGCCUUCCUUAAUGUUGAGCCUCCACAUGUUGAGUUCACUAAGCCACUCCAUGAUGUUGAGGUGAAAGAGAAGGAAGCAGCCAGGUUUGAAUGUGAAGUUUCUCGGGAAAAUGCAAAGGUGCGAUGGUUUAAAGAUGGCAGUGAAAUAAGAAAAGGCAAGAAGUAUGAGAUCAUUGCCAAGGGUGUCCAGCACAUUCUUAUUGUCAACAAAGCAGUCUUUGAUGAUGAGGCUGAGUAUGAAUGUGAUGCUAAGACCUCUAAAACUUCUGGAAUGCUUACUGUCAUUGAGGAAGAAGCUGUGUUUACAAAGAAUCUGUCUAAUAUAGAGGGCACUGAAACUGACAGCAUUAAGAUGAUCUGCGAGGUUUCAAAGCCCAGCGCAGACGUCACAUGGUACAAAGGUGAACAGGAGCUACCUGAGGGAGGCAGAUAUGAACAGAUCGUAGAUGGCAGAAAGAGGAUACUUAUUAUUCGAGACCUCUGCAUGGACGACACUGGAGAGUAUAACUGCCGCCUACCUGGCUCACGAACCUCAGCAACACUGAGGAUUAAUGAACUGGCUGCAGAGUUUAUUUCCAGACCUAAGAGCCAAGAAGUGGUUGAAGGUGAAAAGGCGGAGUUUGUCUGUUCAGUUUCCAAAGACACAUACGAGGUUAAAUGGCUCAAGGGUGACAAGGAGCUUGAAGCUGGAGAAAAAUAUGACAUUGUUUGUGAUGGGAAGAGAAGGGCACUUAUCAUUAAGGACUGCCUGCUACAGGAUGAGGGACCAUACGUUGCCCUUAUUGACACUACAAGGGCUACUGCAGAACUGUUUGUCACCGAAAAACUUAGGAUUAUAAUACCUAUCAAAGAUACUGAAACAAAGGAAGGUCAAGAAAUAGUUUUCAACUGUGAGGCCAAUACAGAGACUGCGAAAGCAAAGUGGCUGAAAAACAGUGAAACAAUUUUCGAGAGUGGAAAAUUUGCCAUGUCUCAGAAGGACAAUGUGUUUUCUCUGAGAAUCAGAGAUGCUCAGAAAUCCGAUGAAGCUAACUAUACAAUAACAUUAACAAAUCAGCGUGGUGAACAUGCUCAGAGCUCUGCCCAACUCACUGUACAAGAGGAGGAUCUAAGGAUCAUUGAGCCCCUUGAGGACUGUGAGACUCAAGAAAAGAGGACAGUUACCUUCUCUUGCAAAGUGAAUAAAUCAAAUGUAACAGUACAAUGGAUGAAGGCAGGUCAAGGAAUCACCUUCAACAAACGCAUCUCGUACAAAGUGGAUAAACAGAAACACUCUUUAAUUAUUAAGGAGUGUAGCUUGGCUGAUGAAGCUGAAUACUCCGUUAUUGCUGGUUCUGACAAGUCCACAGCUGAGCUGAUUAUUAGCGAGGCACCAACUGACUUUCUAACACAGCUCAUGGACCAGACUAUCACUGAGUUUGAGGAUGCUGAAUUCUCCUGUGAGCUUUCCAAGGAGAAAGCCGAAGUCAAAUGGUACAGGAAUGGCCGUGAGAUCAGAGAGGGACCCAGAUACCGCUUUGAGAAAGAAGGCAAGACCUGCAGACUGCUUGUCAGAGAGUGUAGACUGGAUGACGAGUGUGAAUAUGCCUGUGGUGUUGAUGAUAGACGUUCAAGAGCUAGGCUUUUUGUUGAAGAAAUUCCUGUUGAAAUAAUUAGACCACCGAUGGAUAGCUUUGAGCCCCCUGGUUCGGAUGUUAUAUUUGAGGCUGAGCUCAACAAGGACAGAGUUGAAGUGAAAUGGUUAAGAAACAACAUGACAGUUGUUCAGGGUGACAAGUAUCAGAUGAUGAGUGAAGGCAAGGUUCACAGACUUCAAGUCUGUGAGACCAGACCUCGUGAUCAGGGUGAAUAUAGAAUCAUUGCAAAGGAUAAGGAUGCCAAAGCCAAGCUGGAACUAGCAGCUGUUCCAAAAUUCAAGACUACAGAUCAAAGCCUUGUGACUGAUGCUGGAAAGCCCUUCACUAUGUCAACUCCCUAUGAUGCCUAUCCUGACAUUGAAGCUGAGUGGUUUUACGAAGAUGUCAGUCUUCCCAGCAAAAACAUUGACACUUCUACUGACAGAACAGAAUACAGGCUGAAGGACCCCAAAAAGUCUGACCAAGGCAGAUACAAGAUUGUUAUUCAGAACAAACAUGGAAAGGCAGAGGCUUUCAUUAAUUUGGAGGUUAUUGAUGUCCCUGGACCUGUAAAAAAUCUUAGUGUUGUGGACACCGCUGAUGGUGAGGUUAGCCUUGUCUGGGAUGAACCAGAAAGUGAUGGUGGAAGCAAGAUCAUUGCCUACGUAGUAGAGAGACGUGAUAUUAAACGCAAGACCUGGACAAUGGCAACUGACAGUGCAGAGGGGCCAGAGUUCUGCGUGACAGGAUUGCACAAGGACUCCAUGUACCUUUUCCGUGUCUGUGCACGUAACAGAGUAGGAAGUGGACCAAAUGUAGAGACGGAGGACCCUGUUCAAGCUAAGAACAAGUUUGAUGUUCCUGAGGCACCACAGAAUGUUAUGGUUGGAAACGUGAAUAAGUUUGGUGCCACUCUCUCCUGGGAGCCUCCUCUGUAUGAUGGAGGAUCAGAAAUUACAGCAUACAUUAUUGAACUACGUGAUAGAACAUCUGUUAGAUGGGAAGCAGCUUUGGUGACCAAGCCAGAAGACUGCACAGCUGUCAUCAAUGAUGUUGUGGAGAAUAAGGAAUAUAUCUUCCGAGUAAGAGCUGAAAACAAAGCUGGAAUUGGAAAGCCAAGCUUUGCUACUGACCCAGUGAAGAUCAUGGAUCCCAUUGAGAGACCAAGUCCCCCACUGAACUUCAGUUACACUGACCAGACAAGGGACUCCAUUCAACUGACAUGGGAGACACCUCUAAGUAAUGGAGGCAGCACAAUCACUGGCUAUAUUAUUGAAAAGUAUGAGGAUGGAACAGACAAUUGGUUCAGAUGCAAUGCCAGGCUUUGCCAGGACCUUAGUUAUAAGCUGACUGGCCUGAAACAAGGACAAAAGUACCAUUACAGAGUGUCAGCUGAAAAUGCAGCAGGUGUUUCUGACCCAGCUGACCAGAUUGGACCUCUCGUGGCCGAUGAUCCACAUGUUGCCCCUACUAUGGAUCUAAGUGCUUUUAAGGAUGGUUUAGAGGUAAUCGUCCCUCAUCCUCUCACUAUCCGCAUCCCAAUUACUGGAUACCCCUUGCCCAUUCCCCACUGGAGUGUGGGAGACAAGGAGUUGGCUGCAGGAGACAGAGUGUCCAUGGUCACCAAAAGCACAUUUACGGAACUCAUCAUCACUCCAAGUGUCCGCCCAGAUAAGGGCAUCUACACUAUCCAUCUUGAAAAUGAUGCAGCCACUAUCUCUGGAGAGAUUGACGUCAAUGUCAUUGCAUCCCCAAGUGCACCCAGAGACUUCAAAGUUGCAGAAGUGACCAGGCGUCAAGUACAUUUGAUGUGGGAGGCACCAGAGCAUGAUGGGGGAAGUCCAUUAACUGGCUACCAGGUUGAAAAACGUGAAGCAUCACGUAAAACAUGGGUGAAGAUUAUCAGUGGUAUACAGGAUCAGGAAUACACCAUUACCGAUGUUAUUGAAGGCAAAGAGUAUCUGUUCAGAGUUACUGCCUGUAAUAAGUGUGGUCCAGGAGAGCCUGCAUACAUUGAGGAACCAGUUAAUGUCUCCUCCCCAGCUACUGUUCCUGACCCACCUGAGGACCUGAAAUGGAGAGAUAAGUCUGCUACUGGAAUCUUCUUAUCCUGGGAGCCUCCUAAAUAUGAUGGUGGCUCUGUAAUUAAAGGCUACAUUGUUGAUAAGUGCCAGCGUGGCACUGACAAGUGGGAACCAUGUGGUGAUCCCAUACCUGAGCUAAAAUUCCAAGUUACUGGCCUCACUGAAGGACAAUGGUAUGCUUACCGUGUCAGAGCUCUGAACAGACUCGGUGCUAGUCAACCGUGCAGGGCAACAGAUGAAAUCUUGGCUGUUGAUCCAAAAGAGCCCCCUGAGAUCAUGUUAGAUGUAAAGCUGCUUGCUGGCUUGACUGCCAAGGCUGGAACUAAGAUUGAGCUACCUGCUGGUGUGCUUGGCAAACCAGAACCCAAAGUCACCUGGACCAAGGCUGAUGUUGUUCUGAAGCCAGAUGAUAGAGUUUCAAUUGACACUAAACCUGGCCAUUCUAUGGUGUCUAUUGCCAAAACAACAAGAGACGACACAGCUACCUACAUCAUUGAGGCAGUUAAUAGCAGUGGCCGUGCUACUGCAACUGUCGAUGUUAACAUACUUGAUAAACCAGGCCCUCCAGCUGCUUUUGAUAUCUCUGAUGUCACCAAUGAAUCCUGUUUCCUCGCCUGGAAUCCUCCUCGAGAUGAUGGUGGCUCAAAAGUUACUAAUUAUAUAGUUGAGAGACGAGCCACAGAGAGUCAGGUCUGGCACAAACUCUCCUCUACAGUUAAGCAGACCACAUUCAAAGCCUGCAAUCUGGUGGCCCUUAAAGAAUAUGUCUUCAGGGUUUUUGCUGAGAACCAAUAUGGAAUUGGUCCCUCUGUGGAACAUGUGCCCGUUGUUGCCAAGUACUCUUUUGAUCCACCUGGUUCUCCAACAAAACUCCAGCCCUCUGAUGUUGCCAAGGAUGCUUUAACACUUACAUGGAAUGAACCUGAUGAAGAUGGUGGCAGCCCUAUUACUGGAUACUGGAUUGAGAGACUAGAUCCAGACAAUGACAAGUGGAUAAGGUGUAACAAGCUGCCAAUCAGAGAUACCACAUUUAGAGUAAAAGGGCUGCCAACAAAGAAGAAGAGCAAGUUCCGUGUUGCUGCUGAGAAUCUUGCUGGACUUGGAAAACCAAGCCAGGAAACUGAUCCAGUUUUGGUUAAAGAUCCAAUUGAUCCUCCAUGGCCUCCGGGAAAACCUACAGUUAAAGAUGUUGCUAAAACCUCAGCUUUCCUGCAAUGGACUAAACCUGAGCAUGAUGGUGGAGCUAAGAUAGAAUCCUACGUCAUUGAACUGCUUAAGAGUGGAACUGUUGACUGGGUCCGUGUGGCUGAGGGUGUGACCAUGCUUGAGUACUUUCUUAAGGGUCUGAUGGAGAAGCAAGAGUACUCCUUCAGGGUCAGAGCUGUUAAUAUCGCUGGUGAAAGUGAACCCAGUGAUCCCAGUGAUCCAGUGCUCUGCAAGGAGAGACUGAAUCCUCCUUCACCUCCACGCUGGCUGAAUGUGGUUAGUGUUUGCAAGAAUUGUGCUGACCUUAAGUGGACAGCACCAGAGCGAGAUGGUGGCUCACCCAUAACGAACUACAUUGUGGAGAAGAGAGAUGUGAGGCGCAAGGGCUGGCAGGCAGUUGACACCACUGUAAAAGAGACUAAAUACAGUGUAACUCCACUGAGUGAAGGCUCGCUGUAUGUUUUCCGUGUGGCAGCAGAGAAUGCUGUUGGCCAGAGUGAUUUCUGUGAACUUGAGGACUCUGUCCUAGCCAAGGAUACCUUCACUACUCCUGGACCACCUUAUGCUUUAACUGUUAUGGAAGUCACAAAGACACAUGUUGAUCUGAAAUGGGAAGCUCCUAAGAACGAUGGUGGAAGACCAAUCACAAGAUAUGUCAUAGAAAAGAAGGAAAAGCUUGGAACUCGUUGGGUGAGUUCAGGGAAGACAGCAGGACCCGAUUGCCAAUACAGAGUCACAGAUGUCAUUGAAGGAACUGAUGUUCAGUUCCAAGUCUGUGCUGAAAAUGAAGCCGGAGUUGGGCACCCAAGUGAACCAACAGAUAUCAUUACAGUUGAAGAUCCAACUGGUCCUCCAUCUCCUCCUCUGGAACUGCAUGUCACUGAUGCCAGCAGAAACUACAUCUCUAUUGCUUGGAAACCACCAGAAAAGAAUGGUGGCAGUCCCAUUUUGGGCUAUCAUAUUGAGCAGUGUGAAGCAGGAACUGAGAAGUGGAUGAGAGUCAAUUCACGUCCUGUCAAAGAGCUAAAAUAUAAAGCAGAAGAAAGCAUAAUUCCAGAAAAAGAAUAUAUCUUUAGAGUGCGUGCAGUUAAUUCUGUUGGAGUCAGUGAACCUUCAGACAUAUCGGAGAAUGUCUUUGCUAAGGAUUCUGACUGUAACCCUACUUUGGAGAUCCAAACUCAGAACGUUGUAGUGGUGGAAGGAGAAAAACUGACACUCCCCAUCCCAUACAGAGCUGUACCACAACCUAAGGUUUCUUGGCACAAAGAUGGAAAGGAGUUAAAGGCUGAUGAAAGAUGUAUCUUUACUUCUGAAUACACUGCUGCCCACUUAGAAAUUACAGAAUGUUUGCAUGCUGAUGCUGGUUUGUACACUAUUACCCUAGAGAACAAACUUGGUUCAACUACAGGAACAAUCAACCUUAAAGUUAUUGGUCUUCCUGGACCAUGCAAAGAUAUUGUUGCCAGUGAUGUCACAAAGAAUUCCUGCAAAGUCUCAUGGGAACCUCCCGACAGUGAUGGCGGCAGUCCUGUUCUUCACUAUGUUGUACAGCGAAGAGAGGCUGGCAGACGCACAUAUGUUGCUGUUAUGUCAGGAGAGAACAAAUUGAGCUGGCCUGUUAAAGAUCUUAUUCCUAAUGGAGAGUACUACUUCCGUGUUAAAGCCGUUAACAAGAUUGGUGGUGGAGAGUUUAUUGAGAUCCGCAACCCUGUGAUUGCAGAGGAUCAAAAGCAACGGCCGGAUCCACCUGUUGAUGUUGAAACCCACAAUCCUAGUUCUGAGUCUAUAACUCUUACAUGGAAACCUCCAAUGUAUGAUGGUGGUUGCAAAAUCAUGGGCUACAUCCUAGAGAAGACAAUGAAGGGGUCUGAGAAGUUUGAGAGAUGCAAUGACUUCCUUGUGCCUGUGUUGUCCUACACUGUUAAGAACCUGAAUGAGGGCAAGGAAUAUCAGUUCCGUGUUCGGGCUGAAAAUGCCGCUGGUGUUAGUGAUCCAUCUCGCAGCAGUCCACUGGUUAAGGCUGCUGAAUCUACUGAACGACCUAAGGUUUUCCUGAGUGGAAGCUUACAGUCUGGUCUAACAGUCAAGAAAGGUGGGGAAAUAAGAUUGGAUGCCUGCAUAUCUGGAUCUCCAUACCCAACUAUAUCAUGCAGGAAGGGCGAGUCCUCUGCACUUGUACAUGAUUGUGUCAGAAGUGACCAUGGGAAGUAUAUGAUCAAGGUAGAGAAUGAUCAUGGAGUUGCUUCUGCAUCCUGUGAAGUCAAUGUGCUUGAUGUACCUGGACCUCCAGUUAACUUUGUUUUUGAGGAAAUCAGGAACACAUCAAUCCUAUGCAAGUGGGAUCCACCUGUAGAUGAUGGUGGUAGUGAAAUCCUGAACUACAUCUUAGAGAAAAAAGAUAACUCCAAAGCUGAAAUUGGAUGGGUUACUGUGACUUCAACUCUAAGAGUCUGUAAAUUCCAAGUGACCAAACUGAUUGAAGGAAAACAGUAUAUCUUCCGGAUCACAGCUGAAAACAAGUUUGGGCCUGGAGCACCAUGUGUGUCAGCUCCACUGGUUGCUAAAAAUCCAUUUGAUCCACCUGAGGCCCCUGACAAGCCUGAAAUUGAAGAUAUCACUUCCAACAGCAUGCUUGUUACCUGGAAAGAGCCAAAAGACAACGGUAGCCCUAUUGUGGGUUACUGGGUUGAGAAACGUGAAAUUAACAGCAAACACUGGGCUAGAGUUAACCGAAAUCUGAUCAACACACUUGAACUGAAUGCUGAAGGUCUGACUGAAAGCAUGACAUAUAUCUUCAGAGUCUGUGCUGAGAAUGCAGCUGGACCUGGGAAGUUUAGCAUUCCAUCUGAUCCCAAAACUGCACAAGAACCUAUAUUGCCACCUGGUCCACCAAUUCCAAGGAUAGCUGAUACUUCUUGCUGUUCCAUUGAAGUGGCUUGGGAUCCUCCCAAGUACAAUGGUGGUGGAGACAUCCUUGGGUACCAUGUUGACAAGGUCCUAGCAGGAUCAAAUGAUUGGUCACGUAACACAGAGAGACCAUGUAAAAGCCAAGAAUUUACAGUAUAUGGAGUUAGAGAAGGUGCAAAAUACAUUAUUCGUGUCAUAGCUGUCAAUGCUGCAGGUGAAGGCCCCCCCGGCAUGACUGAACCUGCUAUAGUGAAAGAUCCACAAGAGCCUCCAGUUGUCGAGCUUGACUUGUCUUUGAAGAGUAAUGUUAUGAUCAGAGCUGGGACGACGUUGAGGCUGCCUGCACAUAUAACUGGCAGACCACCACCAUAUGUGAAAUGGACAAAGGACGAUGGUACACCUAAUAAAGACCGUGUUGCAAUUGAAGGUGAAGGCAAGGAAAGUGUACUUAUAGUCAAAAAUAUCACGAGGAAGGAUGAAGGCAAGUACCAGGUUAUUGCUGCAAACAGCAGUGGAACCAAAUCAGCAUGGACCAGAGUGGAAGUCUAUGACGUUCCUGGCCCUGUGCUUGAAUUGAAGCCUGUUAUUAUUACAAGAAAGUUGGUGAUACUAAAUUGGUCCGAUCCUGAGGAUGAUGGUGGAAGUGAUCUCACUGGAUUCGUAACAGAAAGACUGGACAAAAAAUCGCAAUCAUGGAGACAGCCCAUAGACACCUUUGCAUCUAAAUGUGAAAUUGGGGGUAUCGUUGAAGGACAAGAAUACAUAUUCCGUGUAAUGGCAAAGAAUAAACAUGGCUGUGGCCCUCCUGUGGUAUUGGAGCCUAUUCUUGCAGUUGAUCCAAAAGGUCCACCAACUUCACCAGAGAGAUUCAUGUACAUUGAAAGGACCAAGUCAUCCAUUACUCUGAAUUGGAAGCCACCCCGUAAUGAUGGAGGCUGUCCAGUUAUUGGCUACUAUAUUGAAAAGAAAAGGCAUGAUGAGCCUGCAUUUACACCUGCCAAUAAAGAACCCUGCAAGGAUCUCACUUUUACAGUAGAAAACCUCUUUGAGUUCCACACAUAUGAAUUUCGCGUGAAGGCAUUUAAUGAAAUUGGUGAAAGUGACCCUUCACUACCAUUGACUGCAGUAAUUCAAGAUGAUGAAGUUCCACCAGUUGUGACAUUGCUGAAGCGCUUCGUAGCGGAUGAAAUCAUUGUGAAGAGGGGAGAGCUCAUAGAAAUUCCGGCUGAGGUGACCGGUCUCCCAUUACCAAAGAUUGAAUGGUCAAAGGAUGAAGUUGUUAUUCCAAAACCAACUAAAACACUUUUAAUGGAAUCUGAGACAGUUCACAGAAUGAAAGCAAAUGCCAAGCUUAGCAUCCCCGAAACUGUAAGACAAGAUAAAGGCUACUACACAAUAACAGCUACAAAUGCUCUUGGAUCUGCUCAUCACACUAUCAGGGUUGAUGUACUAGACCGCCCAACACCACCUCGUAAUGUUGUGAUUUCUAACAUCAAAGCCGAAUCUUGCUAUCUUAACUGGGAUGCACCAGUAGAUGAUGGAGGCACUGAGAUUACAAACUAUAUUGUUGAAAGGAAAGAUAAAAGCAAAGAGACACCAGAGUGGGAAGCAGUGAAUAACUGUGUAAUCGACAGGAAAAUUGGGGUGUGGAACCUGGAAACUGAUGGCACCUAUCAGUUCAGGGUCAAAGCUCAGAGCAAGUAUGGUAUCAGUGAUGCUUGUGAAUCAGAAGAAGUUGUCACUAAGGAUCCUUUUAGACUCCCUGGUCCACCAGAGAAACCACAAGUUGCUCAGCACACAAAAUCCUCCAUGCUGGUUACUUGGGAACCUCCCUUAGAUAAUGGAGGAUCCACUAUUACAGGCUACUGGCUGGAAAAGAAAGAGAAACGAGGAGCAUACUGGGCUCGAGUAAAUAGAGCCCCUAUCUCAAAACGUGGUUUGAAAGGCUGGGAAUUCAGUGUUCCUCGUCUUAUUGAGGGUAUUGAGUAUCAGUUCCGUGUAAUGGCCUGCAAUGCUGGUGGAACUGGACCGCCAAGUGAACCAUCUGACCCAGCAUUAGCUGUUGAUCCUCUGUAUCCUCCUGGUAUGCCUUCUACCCCUGAGGUUGCAGAUAAAACCAAGAAUAGCGUCACUCUUACCUGGACACCCCCAGAAAAAGAUGGUGGCAGUCCUAUCAAAGGCUAUAUCAUUGAAAAACAGGACGAGGGUACAUCAGAAUGGACACGAGUAAAUGGGCCAGAUGCAUUGCAUCCAACCACUGAAUUCACUGUGCCAAAUCUGCCUGAGCUGAAGAGGUACAGAUUCAGAGUGAUUGCUGUCAAUGACAUUGGCGAAUCUGAGCCUAGCCCCAGAACCACAGAAGUUCUGAUCAAGGAGCUUCAAGAGGAGCCUACUAUCUUUGUUGAUGUCAAUGCACUUGAAUUAAUGUCCUGCCGGGCUGGCUCCAUUAUCAAGAUUCCUGCAACAUUCAAUGGGCGUCCUACCCCAAAGGUUUCAUGGGAGUUUGAAGGGGGUGCAAAGACAGAAACGAAAGAUCGGCUUCAUGUUCUUCCUGUGGAUUCAGAGGUUCAAUCCAGUGACACAUCUUCAACCAUUACAAUAUAUGACUGCAAAAGAAGCCAUUCAGGCAGAUACACCAUUACAGCCAAAAACAAAGCUGGACAGAAACUUGUUAAUGUCAGAGUGAAUGUGCUUGAUGUACCGGGAGCACCAAAAGAACUCAAAAUCACAGACAUCACAAGAAGCACAUGUAGGAUUACAUGGAAACUUCCUGAUAAUGAUGGUGGUGAGCGAAUCAAGAGUUAUUUCAUUGAAAAGAAAGCUGUUGGAACCAGUGCUUGGACAAAAGUCAACCUAGCUUGUGCAAGUCAGGCCUUUGUCGUCCCUGACCUUCUUGAGGGACAGGAAUACCUGUUCCGUGUCAGAGCAGAAAAUCGCAUUGGCAUGGGACCACCUACUGAGACCACAGAACCCGUAAAAGCCAGAGAUCCAAUUUAUCCUCCUGAUCCUCCCACAAAGCUUAAGAUUGACUUUGUGACUACGAACACAGUAACACUUACAUGGGCGCCACCCAAGAAUAAUGGUGGUGCUCCAGUGAAACACUACAUAAUUGAGCGUCUCAGCUGGGACACUAGUGGAACAGAAAAGGAGACUUGGAAACAAUGCAAUAAGCGUGAUGUUGAAGAGACCAUGUUCCAGGUUGAAGACCUCAAAGAAGGAGGAGAGUAUGAGUUCCGAGUCAAGGCUGUUAAUGAGGCUGGUGCAAGCAGACCCUCUGCUACUGUUGGACCAAUUGUUGUGAAAGACCAGACAUGUGCUCCUACAAUUGAACUCAAAGAAAUGUUGGAAGGGGAAGAGGGAUCUGAUAUCUAUAUUGUUGCUAAGAUUAAGGGUUGUCCAUUCCCUACACUGACCUGGCAGAAAGCUCUCAUUGAUAAAGCAGAAGACAAGACAGAUGUUCAUUAUGAUCAGCAUGUCAAUAAGCUUGUGUCUGAUGAUCGUUGCACAUUGCUGAUAAAACAAUGCAAAAGAGACGAUACUGCUGUAUACACAAUUGCAGCCUGCAACACUGCGGGCAAGGCUUCCAAGGAUAUAAGGGUCAAUAUCUUAGGGCGGCCUGGGCCUCCUAUUGGACCAAUUAAGUUUGAGGAAGUAUUUGCUGAAAGGAUUACUUUAUCCUGGAAUCCCCCAAAGGAUGAUGGUGGUUCAAAGAUUACUAACUAUGUUAUUGAGAAACGUGAAGACAACCGGAAGUCCUGGGUGCAUGUUUCCAGUGAUCCCAAAGAAUGCUUGUACACAGUUCAGAGACUAACAGAAGGGCAUGAGUAUGAAUUCCGUAUCAUGGCUCAGAAUAAAUAUGGAGUUGGGCCACCUCUAAACAGUGAACCUGAGAAAGCCAGAAAUCUUUUCACUGUUCCUGGUCAAUGCGAGAAGCCAACUGUUACAGAGGUGACAGCUGACUCUAUGAUAGUCAAUUGGGAAGAGCCAGAAUAUGAUGGCGGGUCUAUGGUCACUGGAUAUUGGCUGGAACGCAAAGAAACAACGUCUAAGCGUUGGACCAGAGUGAACCGUGACCCAAUCAGAAUCAUGCCCCUUGGUGUUUCACACACUGUAACUGGUCUAAUUGAAGGAUCUGUUUACCAGUUCAGAGUGAUUGCCAUUAAUGCGGCAGGAUGUGGACUUCCAAGUGUGCCAUCCGAUCCAGUCUGUGCCCGAGACCCCAUUGUACCACCUGGACCUCCUACUCCAAAAGUAACUGACUGGACCAAAUCAACAGUUGAUGUGGAAUGGAUUCCACCACUCAAUGAUGGUGGAUCAAAAAUUAUUGGAUACUUUGUUGAGUACAAAGAGGAGGGCAAAGAAGAAUGGGAAAAGGUUAAGGAUAAGGAAAUAAGAGGCACCAAAUUUGUGGUUUCUGGACUGAAAGAGCUUGGGCUUUACCGAUUCAGAGUUAGAGCAGUGAAUGCUGCAGGUGUUGGUGAGCCUGGUGAUGUCUCAGAAGUGAUUGAAGUCAAGGACAGGACAAUUGCCCCCGAGGUAGACCUGGAUGCCACAGUGAAGGAGAGGAUUGUUGUUCAUGCUGGUGGUGUCAUACGCAUCACAGCAUAUGUGUCAGGCAAACCAGCUCCACAGAUCACCUGGAACAGGGAUGAUAGUGUUUUACCAGAGGAAGCUGUUGUUGAAACUACAGCUAUUAGCUCAGCUUUGGUAAUUAAGAACUGUAAGCGGAAGCACCAGGGAAUUUAUACCUUAAGCGCUAAGAAUGAAGGAGGUGAACGAAGGAAGGCUGUUAUUGUAGAAGUGCUAGAUGUUCCUGGCCCAGUUGGUGUACCAUUCACAGGUGAAAAUCUUACAAAUGACUCCUGCAAGUUAACAUGGUUCUCACCUGAAGAUGAUGGUGGGUCAGCUAUCACUAAUUACAUCAUUGAGAAACGUGAAGCUGAUCGCAGAGGCUGGACUGCUGUGUCUUACACUGUAACAAGACAUAAUGCUGUUGUGCAAGGUCUUCAUGAUGGAAAGGCCUAUUUUUUCAGAAUUGCUGCUGAAAAUAUUAUUGGAUUGGGUCCAUUCAUUGAGUCAAGCAAGGAAGUACUUAUAAGGGAUCCUAUUUCUGUACCUGAGAGACCAGAAGUUCUGGAAGUCACAGCCAUCAAGAAGGAUUCAAUCAGUGUGGCAUGGAGACCACCUAAAUAUGAUGGAGGCUCUGAGGUUACAAUGUAUGUACUUGAGGCCCGUGAGUUGGGAAAAGAUCAAUUCACUCGUCUUACAACUGACAAGCUGAUGGAUAGAAAAUACACCUAUGAGGGCCUCAAAGAAGGUUCCAGCUAUGAAUUCCGGGUCAGUGCCGUGAAUGAAAUCGGGCAAGGCAAGCCUUCAUUCUCUACUAAACCAGUCACUUGCAAGGAUGCACUUGAACCUCCAAAGAUUGAUCUGGAUUUCUGCGAUAAACUUAUUGUUCGGGUCGGUGAGACUUGUACCCUCCAAGGUCGCUAUACAGGAAAGCCGUCUCCAACCAUUGAAUGGUCCAAAAAUGAAGAAGAAUUGAAAGAAGAUGACCAUAUCCAGUUCAAAAAUACUACUACAAGACUGUGCUUGAGUAUAACCAAUGCUAAGCGUGAACAUAGUGGCAAAUUCUCUGUAAUAGUGAAAAAUAGCAGUGGUUCCAGCAAAGGAUUCUGCAAUGUGAUUGUUGUUGACCGUCCACAGCCACCAGUGGGUCCAGUUAUUUUUGAUGAAGUUUACAGGAAUCAUAUGGUUAUUUCCUGGAACCCCCCUCUGGAUGAUGGUGGAUCUGCUGUUUCUAACUACAUUGUUGAGAAGAGAGACACAAACAGAGAUCUCUGGAUGCCUGUGACAUCGUCAUGUACAAGGACAACUUGUACUGUUCCAAAGCUAAUUGAGGGGAGAGACUACAUCAUAAGAAUUUGUGCUCAGAAUAUAUAUGGCAUUAGUGAUCCACUUCUUUCUAAGGAUAUGAAAGCCAAAGAUAUAUUCAGAGUCCCUGAGGCUCCAAAGCAACCUGUUGUGAAGGAAGUAUACAAAGAUUCUGCACUUGUGGCCUGGGAACAACCUCGUGAUGGUGGAAAGCCUAUCACUAAUUACAUUUUGGAGAAGAAGGAAACUAUGACAAGCAGAUGGACACGUGCAGUAAAAGAACGUAUAUACCCAGAACCUGAAUAUUUGGUACCAGACCUUCUUCAGGGAUGUGAAUAUGAGUUCCGUGUGAUGGCAGAGAAUGAAGUUGGUGUGAGUGACCCUAGUCCUCCGUCCAAACCUGUUUUUGCCAAAGAUCCAGUUGUGGUACCUGGCCCUCCAGAGCAACUAGAAGCGGCUGAUAAAACUAAGGAUUCCGUAACAUUGACCUGGCAGCGUCCUCGGUUUGACGGCAGGGGAAAAAUAUUUGGAUAUCUUGUAGAGUAUCAGAAGGCUGGUCAGGAGGACUGGAUAAAGGUUAAUCAGACUCCUGAUUCAUGCCAAGAGACAAAGUUUAAGAUUGUUGGUCUUUCAGAUGGUGAGCUGUACAGAUUCAGGGUCAUGGCAGUGAAUGCAGCUGGUGUUUCCGAACCGGCUGACAUCCCUGAACCAGUGAGAGCACAGGACAGACUUGAGCCACCUGAUCUCUUGGUUGAUGUUGGUAUGCCUCGUGAAAUUCGUGCCAUGGCUGGAACUCAUGUCACCAUUCGUGUUGGAAUAAAGGGAAUACCAUUCCCCAAAGUCACAUGGAAAAAGAAUGAAGCAGAUGUGCCUACAAGAGCUGAUAUUAAAGUAACUGGUGUUGGAAGUAAACUGGAAAUGCGCUAUUGCCUGCGUUCUGACUCUGGUGAUUACACAAUAACUGUGGAAAAUCCAGCUGGGUCAAAAACAGCCGCAUGCAAAGUUCUUGUAUUAGAUAAACCUGGUCCUCCUCAGAAUCUGAAAGUGUCUGAGGUUAGAAAUGAUUCAGCAUAUCUUUCCUGGAAGGACCCAGAAGAUAAUGGAGGAGCUCGAAUUUCCAACUUUGUAGUUGAGAAGAAAGACAUUGCAUCUGCGCAGUGGGUGCCUGUGUGCUCUUCAUCUAAAAAACGUAGUAUUACAAUUAAACAUUUAAUAGAGGGCACUCAAUAUAUGUUCCGUGUUGCUGCUGAAAAUCAGUUUGGCAGAAGUGAAUAUGUUCAAACUACAAAACCCAUUAAAGCUAUGGAUCCUUUAUUCCCUCCUGGUCCACCAAAGAAUUUGCACCAUGUGGAUGCUGAUAAAACUGAAGUCUGGCUUCAGUGGAACUGGCCAGAUCGCACAGGUGGUAGUGAUAUUACUGGUUUCUUAGUUGAGUACCAAGAGGAGGGAGAAAAAGACUGGAUUACUUUCAAAACUGUUAGCAUUCCUGAGUGCCAUGUUACUGGACUUGAGGAGGGAAAAACCUACAGAUUCCGAGUGAAAUCAGAGAAUGCAGUCGGUUUGAGCCGUCCUGACACCACAGUACCAGUCCUUUGUCAAGAGAAACUUGUGCCACCUAUCGUUGAGGUUGACGUGAAGUUAAUUGAAGGUAUAAUUGUAAAAGCUGGAAGCACAAUCAGACUGCCUGCAAUAAUGAGAGGAUUGCCAAUCCCCACUGCUAAGUGGGUCAUCGAUGGCACUGAAAUCAAAACUGAACGCAAUGUGAAAGUUGACACUGAUCACUACUCAACUGUACUAACCAUUAAUGAGUGCACAAGAAAUGACACAGGAGUUUAUCUUCUUACAGUGUCAAAUGCUGCUGGAAGCAAGACUGUUGCUUUGCAUGUAACAGUACUUGAUGUCCCAGCACCGCCCAUUGGCCCAGUCAAAAUACUUGAAGUUACUCCAGAGUACAUGGUCAUUGAGUGGCGCCCCCCAAAAGAUGAUGGUGGAAGUCCAGUUAUGAAUUACAUUGUUGAAAAAAGAGAAUCUAACAAAGAGACAUGGGGAGGAGUCAGUUCUGGCAGCACCAGUACAAAAGUUAAAAUCCCACGUUUACAGAAGGGCUGUGAAUACAUUAUGCGCAUUCGUGCAGAAAACAAGAUCGGCAUUGGUGCACCACUUGAAAGUGCACCAACUGUUGCCCAACAUAGCUUUGAGCCUCCUGGCCAUCCAGGAAAACCAAACACAUCUGAUGUCACAGAGAAUGCUGUAACUGUGAGCUGGACCAUUCCACUGUUUGAUGGCGGUAGUCCAAUUAGUGGGUAUAUAAUUGAGCGUAGGCACAAGGCAGGAAAAUGGAUUCGUGUGAACAAGACUCCAAUUCAAGAUCUCAGAUAUAGAGUACUUGGACUUUUUGAAGGGAACAGUUAUGAAUUUAGAGUUUUUGCAGAAAACAUAGCUGGCUUCAGUGGACCUUCUCCAGUGUCAGACCCUGUUAAGCCAUCUCGUCCAAUCACAGUACCUGGUCCUCCAGUAAACCCUAAACUGAAGGAUUGGAGCAGUUCCUAUGCUGACUUAGUUUGGACUAAGCCUACAAGAGAUGGAGGUAGCCCAGUCUUAGGAUAUAUUGUUGAAUGUCAAACGUCAGGUAGUACUGAAUGGACCAGAAUAAAUAAGGAUGAUCUUAUUAAGCAGUGUGCAUUUAGAGUACCAGGAUUAACUGAAGACACUGAGUAUAGAUUCCGUGUUAGAGCGUCAAAUAUGAUUGGUGAUGGAGAACCCAGAGAACUCCCUGAAUCAGUUGUGGCUAAGGAUAUUCUUCUUCCACCAGAGAUUGAUGUUACUUCCCAUGACCGAGUCACUGUAAGGGUUGGACACAAUAUUAAUCUUAUGGCUUAUGUUAAGGCAAGACCUGAUCCACAGAUUGCCUGGACCCAUGAUGAGAAGGUUUUAGAAAAAGACAAACGCACAGCAAUAAAUAUCAACUUCCCUCUUGUUCAUGUUUUCAUCAAAGAAGCAACAAGAGCAGAUCAUGGAAGUUAUAUCAUAAAAGCAACAAAUGAUAGUGGUGAGGCACAAGCUACUAUAAAAGUGAAUGUACUUGACAGGCCUGGACAUUGUCGUGAUCUGAAGGCUACAUAUGUAACCAAAGAUUCUUGUAUGAUAUCUUGGGAGAACCCAGUGGACAAUGGAGGCACUGAGAUUACGAAUUAUAUUGUUGAAUGUCGUGAACCUAGCCAAAGAGCUUGGACAAUGAUUUCGUCUGAUUGCACUAAUCGUCUAGUUAAAGCAAAACUAAUGGAACAUCAUGAAUAUUUCUUCCGAGUUUGUGCAGAAAAUAAAUGUGGUCCUGGUCCCACAACUGAGACAAAGACACCAAUACUUGCAAUUGAUCCAAUUGAAAAACCAGGUGAACCAGAAAACUUCCAUAUUACGGACAUUGGAAAAAAUUUUGUCUUCCUAAAAUGGAGAAAACCAGAUUAUGAUGGUGGGAGCCCAAACCUUGGCUACCAUCUGGAAAGGAAAUCAAAGGAUUCUGAGGAAUGGGAAAGAUUGCAUAAGGGUAUUAUAAAAGAAACAUAUUUCAUGGUUGACAAAUGUAUCGAAAACCAGAUAUAUCUGUUCAGAGUACAAACUGUAAAUGAAGGAGGGGAAAGUAAUUGGGUAAAGACAAGUGAAGUUCUUGUUAAAGAAGAAAUACAAAAACCAGUACUUGAUGUGAAGUUAGCUGGAAUACUUGUUGUAAAGGCUGGCGAGUCAAUAAGAAUUAAAGCUGGUCUCAGAGGAAAACCACAGCCAGAGGUUAAAUGGGUUAAAGACAAAGAUACAGGGGAUUUCAGCAAAAAUCCAAGACUUCAUGUUGAAACUGGGGCAGAUUACUCCAAGUUCCUGUUAACUAAAUCCAAACGUGAAGACUCCGGAAAAUAUGUAAUUACUGCCACAAAUUCUGCUGGAAACUUUACUGCAUAUGCUACUGUAAAUGUCCUUGACAUACCUGGACCUGUUCGAGAUCUAAAAGUAUCUGGAAUAUCAGUAGACAGAUGCAGAGUGGUGUGGGAUCCCCCUGAAGAUGAUGGUGGCUGUGAGGUUCAAAGUUACAUUUUAGAGAAAUGUGAAACAAGGAGAAUGGUGUGGUCCACUUACUCAGCAUCAGUCAUAACUAACUAUGCCAAUGUGACUCGUCUGGUCGAAGGAAAUGAAUACAUCUUCAGAGUACGAGCAGAAAACAAGAUGGGAACAGGUCCUGCAGCAGAGACCAAACCCAUUAUUACCAGAACACAAUUUAACAGACCUGGUCCACCAGACCCACCAGAGGUCACUAAAAUUGGAAAAGAGGAAAUGACAGUUGUAUGGGCUCCUCCUGAAAAUGAUGGUGGGAAAUCCAUUACUGGAUACAUACUUGAAAGAAAGGAAAAACGAGCUGUCCGCUGGGUUCCAAUAACCAAGAGUCCAAUUCCAGAAAGACGUAUGAAAGUAACAAACUUGAUUCCUAACCAUGAAUAUCAAUUCCGUGUCAAGGCUGAAAAUGAAGUUGGACUGGGAGAUCCUAGCAAACCUUCAAGACCCGUUGUAGCUAAGGAUCCAAUCGAGCCUCCUGGUCCUCCUGGCAGUUUGAAGGUGGUUGACAGCACAAAGACCUCAAUCACACUUGGGUGGGCAAAGCCAGUUUAUGAUGGUGGUGCUCCCAUAAUUGGAUAUUUUGUUGAAAUGAGACUGAAGGGAGAAAGUGAUAAUCCAGAAGAAGGCUGGAAGAAGUGCAAUGCUGGCACACAACUGGUUCUGACUGAAUUUACAAUCCCAAAUCUGGAUGAAAAACAGGAGUAUGAAUUCCGUGUCUGUGCACAAAACCAGGUUGGCAUAGGCCGCCCUGCAACUCUCAAGGAUGCUGUGUUUCCUAAAGAGAUACUUGAGGCACCAGAGAUUGAUUUGGAUGCUAGCCUUAGAAAGGGUCUGACUGUUAGAGCAGGUUGCCCAAUCAGACUUUGCGCCACAAUUAGAGGAAGACCUUCACCCAGAGUUACCUGGAAAAGAACGGGUGUUGAUAAUGUUGUGCGAAAAGGUCAUGUGGAUCAAAUUGAUACUAUGACCUUCCUCGUCAUCCCUGAAAGUACACGUGAGGACUCUGGAAAAUAUUCCUUGACACUUUCCAGCCCUGCUGGGGAGAAAGCAGUCUAUGUGCAUGUCAAAGUACUGGAUACACCUGGACCUGUUGGAGGACUCGAAGCUUCUAAUGUGACAAAGACAUCUUGUCAGCUUUCUUGGUCCCCACCAGAGAAUGAUGGUGGCAGUCCAAUCACAAACUACAUUGUAGAUAAACGUGAAGUCGACAGAAAGACCUGGGUUAACUUGACCAGUGAUUUAAAGAAGACAAGUUUCAAAGUCACCAGUCUUGCCCCUGGCAUUGAAUACUAUUUCAGAGUUACUGCAGUUAACAAAUAUGGUAUUGGUGAGCCCAAAGAUUCUCCAAAAUCCUAUUUAGCAAAAGAUCCUAUCAGUGAGCCUGAUCCACCUAAAAAGGUUGACAUUCUGGAGAUCACAAAGAACAGUGCUGUGCUGGGGUGGGUAAAACCCCUGAGAGAUGGAGGAGCUAAAAUCAAUGGGUAUGUUGUGGAUUACCAGGAAGAUGGUCAGCCAGAAGACAAAUGGACACCAUACUCUGUUGUCAAAGAUUUAAGCAUUGUUGUUGUUGGGCUAAAGGAAGGAAAGAAGUACAAAUUUAGAGUUGCAGCUAGGAAUCCAGUGGGUUGCAGUUUGCCAAGGGAAGUUGAAGGAAUGUAUGAGAUAAAAGAGCAAUUGUUGGCACCAAAGAUCCUUAUGCCCGAUGUGGUAACUGCCAAAGCUGGUUCAAAACUGAAGGUGGAAGCUGUCUUGUCUGGAAAGCCAGCACCGUCUUGUAAAUGGAUGCAAGGAAAUGAGGAUCUUGUUACAUCUAAACGGAUAUUUGUAGAAAAAUAUGCGAACUGUUGUAUACUUAUUAUUAAAGAUGUCUCAAGAAAGGACAGUGGCUACUACAGUCUUUCUGCUGAAAACAGCACUGCAAAGGUCAACCAGAUACUAAGAGUGAUUAUAAUGGAUAUUCCUGGUCCCCCAGAGCCACCCUUUGAGAUUACUGAGAUUGACAUUGAUGACUGUACUCUUUCUUGGCAUACACCAAGAGAAGAUGGUGGAAGCAACAUCACUAACUAUGUGGUUGAGAAAUGUGAUGUGAGCAGUGGAGACUGGGUCACUGCAGUUACCUCCUGCACCAGUACUUCCUGCAAAGUAGGGAAACUUACACCUGGAAAAGAGUACUGCUUCCGUGUUCGUGCAGAAAACCGCUUUGGUAUCUCAGAACCUAUUGUGUCUCAGAAGAUGAUUGCUCAAUAUUCUUUCGAUGUGCCUAGUGAACCAAGGAAUUGUCAUGUCAAGAAAGUCAACAAAGACAACAUGUUGGUAGCUUGGGAAAGACCAGCAACUGAUGGUGGCAGCCCAAUUAUUGGUUACUGUAUUGAACGUAAAGAGAGAAAUAGCCUUCUUUGGGUUAAGGCUAAUGAAACAGUUGUUCGUGGUACUGAAUACUCAUGUUCCGGACUAAUAGAAGGAUUAGAAUAUACCUUCAGGGUAUCUGCUCUUAACCUUGCUGGACAAGGCAAACCAAGCAAACAAACAGACUUCAUCACAGCAAGAACACCAGUUGAUCCACCAGGAAAACCAGAAGCUAUUGAUGUUACCAAAAAUUCAGUGUCUUUGGUAUGGAGUCAGCCAAAGCAUGAUGGUGGUAGCCGGAUUGUGGGAUAUUAUGUUGAAGCUUUGAAGCUUCCAGGCGAGAAAUGGGUACGCUGCAAUGCAAGCAGCCGAGAUGUAACCAGAGAAGAAUAUAUUGCAACAGGACUGGAUGAAGGGUCCCAGUACCAGUUCAGAAUAAUUGCCAAGACUGCAAUAAACCUCAGUUUACCAUCUGAACUUUCUGAUCCAAUUGCUGUGAUUGCAGAAAAUGUUCCACCAAGAGUAGAAAUCGGACUUCAUAUGAAGAGCCUCAUAACAGUAAAAGCUGGAGCCAAUGUUUGCUUAGAGGCAGAAGUUUUUGGAAAACCAAUGCCAAAGGUUACAUGGAAGAAGGAUGGUCAGCUGUUGAAACUUGCUGAAGGGAUGAAGUUUUCCCAGAAGAGACAUCUUUUUCUCCUUGAAUUAUUCUCAGUAACUAGAAAAGAGUCUGGAGAGUACACUAUUGUGGCAGAAAAUGCAAGUGGCUCAAAAUCUGGCAACAUUAAGCUAAAGGUUCUGGACAAACCCGGCCCACCAUCAUCUGUCAAGAUUGUGAAUGUGUAUGCAGAUCGUGUCAAGCUGAAAUGGGAUCCACCACUUUCAGAUGGAGGAUCAGAAAUCACAAACUAUAUUAUUGACAAACGUGAAACAAGCAGAGCAAACUGGGCUCAGGUCACAGCUAAUAUAAGUGGCCUGCUCACUGACUGCUCUGUAGAGAAACUGAUUGAAGGUCAUGAAUAUCAGUUCCGAGUCAGUGCUGAGAACAAAUAUGGAGUUGGAGACCCCAUUAUGACUGAUCCUGUUUUUGCAAAGAAUCCCUAUGAUGUUCCUGGACCUUGUGAGCCACCUGUUAUUACCAAUAUCACAAAGGAUCAUAUGACGGUUAGUUGGAAAGCACCUGCAGAUGAUGGGAAAUCCACCAUUCUUGGAUAUAUGGUUGAGAAGCGUGAAACCCAAGAUGUCAACUGGGCUAAAGUCAACAGAAAGCCAGUGAUAGAUAGAACCAUUAAAGCUGGCAAUCUUACUGAGGGAGCUGAAUAUGAAUUCAGAGUUAUUGCCUUCAAUAAAGCUGGUUUAGGCAAACCCAGUGAACCAUCUAAGGCUGCCUAUGCACUUGAUCCUUUGUAUCCCCCUGGACCACCAGCUUUCCCAAAAGUCAUUGACACAACUCACAGCUCAGUUACUCUGUCAUGGACAAAGCCUGCCUAUGACGGUGGUUGUGAAAUUUUGGGUUACCUAGUUGAGAGUAAGAGGGCAGAUGCUGAGGACUGGAUGAAGUGCAAUAUUCCUAAGAACCUCAAGGAGACUAAAUUCCUCCUUACGGGACUUAUUGACAAUACAGAGUACCAGUUCCGUGUGACUGCUGUGAACAAGAUUGGGUACAGUGAGCCAAGUGAUGUUCCAGGAAAACAUUUGGCAAAGGACAUAUUAAUUGCACCAGAAGCAGAACUUGAUGCAGAUCUUAGGAAGGCUUUGGUGCUCCGUGCUGGAGUCACAAUGAGACUCUAUGUACCACUGAGGGGCAGGCCUGCUCCUAAGGUAACCUGGGCUAAAAUAAAUGCCGACCUUAAAGAGAGACAAGGAAUCUUGAUCAAAACAUCAGAGUGGGACACACUGUUAUAUAUUGAGAAUGUGAACAGAUAUGAUGCAGGAAAAUAUUCCUUAACAUUGGAAAACAGCAGUGGAACCAAGACGUACACAAUUGUUGUUAGAGUUCUUGAUACUCCUGGACCACCACUCAACCUUAUUGUGAAACAAACUUCAAAGGACCAUGCAUCAAUUUCUUGGGACCCCCCUCAAAUUGAUGGUGGAAGUGCAGUGAAAAGUUACAUUGUUGAAAAGCGGGAUGCAGAGAGAAAAGCAUGGUCCACAGUAGCCACUGAUUGUCCUAAAACAUCUUUCAGGAUUCCUAAUUUGGAAGCAGGCAAAGCCUAUUGUUUCAGAGUUUUGGCUGAAAAUGAAUAUGGUAUUGGUGAGCCAUGCGAAACUUCAGGUGCUGUUAGAGCCUCUGAAAAACCUGGUCCAGUGACAGACUUGAAGGCUUUACUAGUCUCCAAAGAUUCAUGUACCCUUGGCUGGAAGAAACCAAUUACUGAUGGUGGGAGUCACAUCACUGCCUAUGUGCUUGAAAUCAUGGAAGGUGAAGAUAAGUGGAAAGUACUAGUGAAAUCUAAAAACAUGCAGUACAGUGCAAAAGAUCUUGAAGAAGGAAAGGGGUAUUCCUAUAGAGUGAAAGCAGUGAAUGAAGCUGGAGAAAGUGCACCAGUGGAAUUUACAGUUGUGGCUAAAGACGAAAUUGUUCCUCCAGACUGUGACUUAAGAGGUUUGCCAGACAUGUGCUAUGUCGCAAAGGAGGGAAGCACUGUUCGUCUAAAUAUCCCCAUCAUUGGUAAACCUAUACCUGUUGUCAUAUGGAAGAAAGGUGAAAAUCUAACUUUAACUGACAGCGGCAGAAUCUCUUUUGAGUCAACGGCAGCAAGCACAACUCUGUUGAUCCGUGACUGCCAGCAUAGUGAUGCAGAUAAAUAUACCAUCAUUAUAAAGAACAGUGCUGGAACAAAGGAAUCUGUAGUAAACAUCAAGGUGGUUGGAAAACCUGGAAUACCCACUGGCCCAAUCACGUUUUAUGAAGUCACAGCAGAUGCAAUCACGUUGGAAUGGGGUCCUCCUGUGGAUGAUGGUGGAUCAGAAAUAUCUAAUUACAUUUUGGAGAAGAGACACUCAACUGCUAACAAAUGGGUUACUUGUGCUUCAGCUAUACAGAAAACCACUAUGAGAGUCACACGGUUGCAUGAUGGAACAGAAUAUAUCUUUAGAGUUUGUGCAGAAAACAAAUAUGGAGUUGGUGAAUGGCUGAAAUCUGAUCCUAUUGUCGCUAAACAUCCAUUUGAUGUACCUGAUGCACCACUUCCACCAGAAAUUACAUUUAUACGGCAAGAGUCAGCAAUGCUGGUAUGGUCUGAUCCAAGAAACACAGGAGGCUCUCCUAUAACUGGAUAUCAUGUUGAAUUCAAGGACAGGAAUAGUUUGAUGUGGAAGAGAGCCAGCAAGACAGCUCUGAGAAUGAAAGAGUGUAGAGUGACUGGCUUAACUGAAGGUCUUGAGUAUGAAUUUAGAGUCAUGGCUAUAAACAUGGCAGGUAUUGGAAAACCCAGCAGACCUACGGAGCCUCAGGUUGCACUGGAUCCAAUAGAUCCACCUGGAAAACCAGAUGUGAUUAGCAUAACAAGAAGUUCAGUUACACUUAUGUGGACUGCACCAAAAUAUGAUGGUGGUCACAAACUAACAGGAUAUAUUGUUGAAAAAUGUGACGUCCCUGGAAAGGUCUGGAUGAAAGCUAACCAUGUAAAUAUUCAGACUUGUGCAUUCACAGUGACAGACUUACAGGAGGGCAGCAAAUGUGAAUUCAGAGUAAGAGCAAAAAAUGCAGCAGGAGCAAUUAGUCCUCCAUCAGAGCAAACCGACAUUCUUGUGUGUAAGGAUGAAUAUGAGCCACCGACUAUUACUAUUGAUCCAGAUGUGAAGGAUGGUCUCACUGUUAAAGCUGGAGAAACUAUUGUAAUAAAUGCAACAAGCAUCCUUGGAAAACCUCCACCAACUUCUGUAUGGUCUAAAGGGGGAAGAGAGCUUAAGCCAUCAGAUGUCUGUCAGGUUAUAAGUACACCAACGUCAUCUGCCCUAUCAAUUAAGUAUGCAAGUAGAAAGAACACUGGGGAAUAUACUAUUACUGCAAGUAAUCCAUUUGGAAUCAAAGAAGAACAUGUGAAAGUAAAAGUUUUGGAUAUUCCUGGACCUCCUGGUCCCAUUGAAGCCAGCUCUGUGUCUGCUGAAAAAGUCACUUUAACAUGGUUGCCGCCAGAUGAAGAUGGAGGAUCUCCAAUUAAAUCCUACACUCUAGAGAAAAGAGAAACCAGUCGACUGCUUUGGACUAUGUUAGCUGAAAAUGUUAUGGAUUGCCGAUUUGUUGCAAGCAAAUUAAUCCAAGGCAAUGAAUAUAUCUUCCGUGUGUCUGCUGUGAAUCAGUAUGGCAUUGGAGAUGCAACUCAAUCAGGUCCUGUGAAAAUGGUGGAUAGUUUUGGUCCACCAGGACCACCUUCAAAACCAGAAAUUGACAAUGUAAGUAAAAGCACUGUGACUAUUUCCUGGAAGAGACCAAUUAAUGAUGGAGGAAGUGAUAUCCUGGGCUACAGUGUUGAAAGAAAAGAAAGAAGAGGUCUGAGAUGGGUUAGAGCAUCGAAAAAAUCUAUCUCUGACCUCCGUUACAAAGUACAAGGCCUCAGUGAAGGAGUUGAAUAUGAAUUCAGGGUGACAGCAGAAAACAAGGCUGGCUUUGGAGAACCAAGUGACCCAUCUCAGCAUGUGAUGACCAAGGAUAUAGCAUAUCCACCAGGGCCUCCAUCCAAUCCAAGAAUUGCUGAUACAACUAAAACAACUGCGACAUUCAAGUGGGGCAAACCACAUUAUGAUGGUGGAUUAGAUAUUACUGGGUAUAUUGUUGAGCACAAAAAAGAAGGAGACGAUGAUUGGAUUAAAGAUACAACAGGCACUGCGCUGAGAAUUACUGAAUUUGUUGUUGCAAACUUAAAGCCUGGUGUAAAAUAUAGUUUCAGAGUCAGUGCAAUUAAUAAUGAAGGUAUAGGAGAGCCAGCCCAAGUGGAAGAACUUGUUGAGGUUGUAGACCGUGAAGAAAUUCCAGAUUUUGAACUUGAUGCAGAACUAAGGAGAACUCUAGUUGUUAGGGCAGGAGGCUCCAUACGUAUUUUUGUGCCAAUCAAAGGUCGUCCAACACCUGAGGUCACCUGGAAGAAAGAAGACAUACUGCUUAAGGGCCGUGCACACAUUGAUACCACAGAGUCAUACACUCUUUUAGUUAUUCCAGAUUGUACAAGAAACGAUGCUGGGAAAUACAUCUUGACUUUAGAAAAUGUUGCUGGGACAAAGACUGGAUUUGUGAAUGUAAGAAUUUUGGAUUCUCCAGGACCACCUAUCAACUUGAAGCCAAGAGAAAUUACCAAAGACAGCAUUACUCUUCAGUGGGAAAUCCCCAUUAUUGAUGGUGGCUCAAAGAUUACUAACUACAUUAUUGAGAAGCGGGAUGCCACUCGAAAAGCAUUUUCAACUAUCAUCACAAACUGGCAGAAGUGUUCAUUUAAAGUUCCAAAUCUGACAGAGGGCUCUGAAUAUUAUUUCAGAGUAACAGCUGAAAAUGAAUAUGGUAUUGGGGAACCAGCUGAAACUUCUGAACCAAUCAGAGCAUCUCAAGCUCCCACAGCUCCUGAAAACCUUAAUGUCACAGAAAUUGGUAAGGAUUAUGCCACUCUUACAUGGACAAAACCAAAACAUGAUGGUGGCAGUAGAAUUACAGGAUAUGUACUAGAAGCUCAAAAGAAAGGUGCAGAGCAGUGGUCUCAUCUGACAACAGUGAAAGCUCUUGACUACACAGCAUCACAUUUAAGUGAAAAUGAAGAAUAUGUGUUUCGCAUUAUGGCUGUUAAUGGCUGUGGAAGAAGUGAUCCUCGUGAAAGCAGACCUGUUUUUAUUAAGGAACAAACAACAGUGCCUGCAUUUGACCUACGUGGAGUAUACCAGAAAUUAGUCAUUGCCAAAGCAGGUGAUAAUAUAAAAGUGGAAAUUCCUGUUUUGGGUCGUCCAAGACCAACAGUAUCCUGGAAGAAAGAGGAUAAAGAUCUUAAACAGACACAAAGAAUAAAUACUGAAAAUACUACUACUUCAACUAUUUUGAAUAUAAGUGAGUGUAAAAUGAAGGAUGGUGGACAAUACUCAAUGACAGGAAAGAACAUUCUUGGGACAGUGACAGAAACUAUCACAGUUCAAAUUCAUGAUAUUCCUGGACCUCCUAAAGGGCCAAUUAAGUUUGAUGAAAUUUCAUGUGACUAUAUAACAUUGUCAUGGGAUUCACCGGAGAAUGAUGGAGGAGUGCCCAUUAACAAUUAUAUUGUUGAAAUGAGGGAAACCACAGGCACAUCAUGGGUUGAACUUGCAGCAACAGUAAUUCGUACUACAUUUAAAGCUGCUCGUCUUACCACAGGAGUUGGGUAUCAGUUCCGUGUUAAAGCACAAAAUCGAUAUGGUAGUGGACCUUGUAUCGUAUCUGAUUCUGUGAUUGCUGCAUAUCCAUUUACAGUGCCUGGCUCACCAGGUAUUCCACAAGUUAUUGCUUUCACUAAAGAAACCAUGACUAUUACAUGGAAUGAGCCAAAUUCUGAUGGUGGUAGUCCUAUUUUAGGAUAUCACAUUGAAAGGAAAGAAAAGAACAGUAUAUUGUGGCAAAAAGUCAGCAAAGCCCUGGUAGUAGGAAAUAUUUUCAAAUCUACAGGACUCACGGAUGGAAUAGCUUAUGAAUUCCGUGUUGCUGCUGAAAACAUAGCUGGUGUGGGUAAACCAAGUAAGCCUUCAGAAGAAACAUUUGCUCUUGAUCCUGUGGAUCCACCUGGUCAACCAAUAGCAAUCAACAUAACUAGACAUGAAGUGACAGUUCAAUGGACAAAGCCUGAAGGUGAUGGUGGAUUCCCUAUAACCGGAUACACAGUUGAAAAGAAAGACUUACCAAAUGGACGCUGGCUUAAGGCAAACUUCGGUAAUAUUCUUGAGAGAGUAUAUACUGUAAGUGGACUGAAGGAAGACACAUCAUAUCAAUUCCGCAUUCUUGCUCGCAAUUCAGCUGGUGCUGUAAGUAAGCCAUCUAAACCAUCAGAAACAAUUACCUGCAGAGAUGACAUUGAGGAGCCAAAACUUUUAGUUGAUGCUAAGUUCAGUAAUGUCAUAGUGAUAAAAGCAGGGGAGGUCUUUAAAUUAGAAGCUGAAGCUACUGGCCGACCCUUACCAUCCAUGGUUUGGACAAAAGAAGGAAAGGAACUUGAGGACACAGCAAAAAUUGAAAUCAAAACAACUGACUUCAGCACAACUUUGACCAAUAAAGACUCCUUAAGAAGAGAUGGAGGUGCAUUCAUGUUGACUGCUAGCAACCCUGGAGGAUUUGCUAAACAUGUAUUUAAUGUUAAGGUUCUUGACAGGCCAGGUCCACCUGAUGGCCCACUUGCUGUUACAGAUGUCACUGCUGAGAAAUGUAUUCUGUCAUGGUUGCCACCUUCACAUGACGGUGGUGCGAAGAUUGAACAUUACAUAAUUGAAAAACGUGAAACAAGCAGACUUGCAUGGACAAAUGUAGCAUCAGAUGUACAAGUUAACCGAUUUAAAGUGACUAAGCUGCUUAAAGGAAAUGAGUAUAUCUUUAGAGUUAUGGCUGUUAAUAAGUAUGGAGUUGGUGAACCCCUUGAAUCUGAGCCAGUUAUGGCAACUAACCCAUAUGUGCCCUCUGAUCCUCCACAAACUCCUGAAGUAACAACUAUCACUAAGGAUUCAAUGGUCGUUUGCUGGGGGCAUCCCGAAAACAAUGGUGGAAGCAAUAUUUCCAAUUACAUUAUUGAAAGGAGAGACAAAACUGGUCUCCGUUGGGUUAAAUGCAACAAAAGAACAGUAACUGAUCUAAGGUACAAAGUAUCUGGACUGACACCAGGACAUGAGUAUGAAUUUAGAAUUAUUGCUGAGAACGCUGCAGGUUUAAGUGUACCAAGUCCCUGUAGUCCAUUUUAUAAAGCUUGCGACACCAUAUUCCAGCCUGGCCCACCUGGAAAUCCAAGAGUGCUAGACACAACUAAGUCAUCAAUUACUCUUGCAUGGAAUAAGCCAGUAUAUGAUGGUGGAUCAGACAUUACAGGAUAUAUUGUUGAAACUUGCCUUCCAGAGGAAGAUGAAUGGACAAUUGUUACUCCUAAAGAAGGACUAACAUUGACAUCAUUUACAAUUACCAACUUAAAAGAAAAUCAAGAAUACCGAAUCAAUAUUUCAGCCAUUAACUGUGAGGGAGUCGGAGAACCAGCAUCUGUUCCUGGAUCACCAAAGGCAGAAGACAGGGAGAUUCCACCAGAAAUUGAGCUUGAUGCAGACCUUCGGAAAGUUGUCAACAUCAGAGCUUGUGGCACACUAAGACUGUUUGUGCCUAUAAGAGGAAGACCUGCUCCUGAAGUGAAAUGGUCAAGAGAACAUGGAGAACCACUUGAGAGAGCAACUAUUGAGAGCACGUCAUCAUUUACAUCUGUAUUAAUUGAAAAUGUAAGCAGAGUUGAUAGUGGAAAGUAUGUUUUGACAGUGGAAAAUGGCUCAGGGAGCAAGACAGCCUUUGUUAAUGUCAGAGUACUGGAUACCCCUGGAGCACCACAAAACCUCAUGAUCAAAGAAGUCACCAAAGAAUCAGUAUCACUGAUCUGGGACCCUCCUUUAAUAGAUGGAGGCUCUAGGAUAAGAAAUUACAUUAUAGAAAAACGUGAAUCAACAAGAAAAGCAUACUCAACUGUUAGUACUAGCUGCCACAAAACAAGUUGGAAAAUUGGCCAGUUGGAGGAAGGAAGAAACUAUUUCUUUAGAGUUUUAGCUGAAAACGAAUAUGGAAUUGGUCUUCCAACUGAGACUACUGAGUCAGUCAAAGUUUCUGAAAAGCCCCUUCCACCAGGAAAAGUCACUCUUCAAGAUGUCUCAAGCAAUAGUGUGACACUGUCAUGGGAGAAACCAGACCAUGAUGGAGGCAGUAGAAUCACAGGGUAUAUUGUUGAAAUGCAAAGCAAAGGCAGUGAAAAAUGGACUGAGUGCUUGACUGUAAAAGUCAAUGAAGCAGUUGUUGCAGGUCUUACACAAGGUGAAGAAUACUUGUUCCGUGUAUCUGCAAUGAAUGAGAAAGGAAUAAGCGAUCCUCGCCAACUUAGUGUUCCUGUUAUUGCUAAAGAUCUUGUUAUUGUUCCAUCAUUCAAACUUUUAUUCUCCGCAUUCAGUGUUCUGGCUGGAGAUGAUUUGAAGGUAGAUGUUCCCUAUGUUGCUCGUCCCAAAGCAGCUGUCUCCUGGCAAAAAGAUGGUGUCGCUUUGAAAGAAACUACCAGAGUUAAUGCUGAGAUCACAGAAAGACAUUUGUAUCUUGUAAUCAAAGAGGCCUGCAGAGAUGAUGUUGGCCAAUACACCAUUAAACUUUCAAAUACUGCUGGAGAAGCAACAGCUGAAAUUAAAAUUGUCGUUCUUGAUAAGCCAGGCCCACCAACAGGACCGAUCAAAAUAGAUGAAGUCACUGCUGACAGUGUGGCUUUGUCAUGGGAGCCUCCAGAAUAUGAUGGUGGUUGUUCAAUCAACAAUUAUAUUGUAGAAAAGAGAGAUACCUCCACCACAAAUUGGCAGAUUGUGUCAGCAACUGUAGCUAGAACAACUAUUAAAGCUGCAAGGUUAAAAACUGGUACUGAAUACCAAUUCAGAAUUGCAGCUGAAAACAGAUAUGGAAAGAGUUCUGUUCUUGUUUCAGAGUCAGUUGUUGCACAAUAUCCAUUUAAGCUUCCUGGCCCGCCAGGAACACCUUCCGUGCAAUCCUCUACUAAGGAAAGCAUGGUAGUGAUAUGGAAUAAACCUUCAGAUGAUGGUGGAAGUAAGAUACUUGGAUAUCACCUUGAAAGUAAGGAAAGGAACAGUAUUCUUUGGGUUAAACAAAACAAGACGCUCAUUCAAGACACAAGAUUUAAAGUCACUGGUCUUGAAGAGGGUAUUGAAUAUGAAUUUAGAGUUUAUGCUGAAAAUAUUGUGGGAAUUGGUAAGGUUAGCAAGCAAUCAGAAAUACAUGUUGCAAGAGAUCCAUGUGAAUGUCCAGGCACUCCUGAAGCUGUUAUUGUCACAAGAAAUUCCGUUACUCUCAGAUGGACAAAGCCAGAGUUUCAUGGUGGAAGCAAAAUCACUGGAUAUCUUGUUGAGAAAAAAGAGCUGCCUGGUGGCCGUUGGAUGAAGGCCAGUUUUACAAGUAUAAUUGAUACUGAAUUUGUUGUGACAGGUUUAGUUGAGGAACAAAGGUAUGAGUUCCGUGUCAUUGCAAGAAAUGCUGCAGGUGUUUUCAGUAAUCCUUCAGAAAGUACUGGUGCAAUCACUGCAAAGGAUGAAGUUGAUCCACCUCGCAUUACCAUAGAUUCAAAAUAUACUCAAGCAAUUGUUGUAAAUGCUGGGGAGAACUUCAAGAUUGAUGCAGAUAUUUUUGGAAAACCUAUACCUACAGUCCAUUGGAUGAAAGGAAAUGAAGAACUAGUAAACACAGCUCGCCUUGAGAUUAAAAAUACAGACUUCACUACUACAUUGAGUGUAAAAGAAGCAAUUCGGGUUGACGGAGGCCAGUACACUCUAGUACUGAAGAAUGUUGGAGGAGAAAAAUCAGUUAAUGUCAAUGUCAAAGUCUUAGAUAGACCUGGGCCACCUGAAGGCCCAAUUUCCAUUUAUGGUGUGGCAAGUGAGAAAUGCUUCAUUUCUUGGAAACCACCACAGCAAGAUGGUGGCAGUGAUGUGACUCAUUAUAUUGUUGAAAGGAGAGAAACCAGCAGAUUAGUUUGGACUGUUGUUGAAUCUAAAGUACAGACUCUUAAUCUUAAAAUUACAAAACUUUUGGAGGGAAAUGAGUACAUCUUCCGUGUCAUUCCAGUAAACAAAUAUGGAAUUGGUGAACCACUUGAAUCUGAACCAGUGAUUGCAAAAAAUCCAUUUGUAACUCCUAAUGCACCAACAGCAGUAGAAGUUUCUAAUAUCACAAAAGAUUCAAUGGUUGUAACCUGGGAAAGACCCACUAAGGAUGGAGGAAAUCCAAUUGCAGGAUAUAUAGUUGAAAAACGUGACAAAGAAGGAGUUAGAUGGACAAGAUGCAAUAAGCGCUCAGUAAGCGAACUGCGUUUUAGGGUUACUGGACUACUUGAAAGUCGCAGCUAUGAAUUUAGAGUUUCAGCCGAGAAUGCUGCUGGAGUUGGAGCACCAAGCUCCUCAUCUGUUUAUUAUAAGGCCCUAGAUCCUAUUUUCAAACCAGGUCCUCCGAAUAAUGCUAAAGUGGCUGAUGUUUCACGGACAUCAGUUUCCCUUUCCUGGGGGAAACCAAUUUAUGAUGGUGGUUGUGAGAUUCAAGGUUACAUCGUUGAGGCAUGUGAGGUACCCUCUGAAGAAUGGACAAUGUGUACUCCUCCAUCAGGAAUCACGCAAACACACUUUGAAAUUAAAAAACUGCAAGAAAAACAAGAGUAUAAAUUCAGAGUUUAUGCUAUAAACAAGGCAGGUGUUGGUGAACAUGCAGAUAUCUCAGGAACAAUUGUUGUAGAGGAAAAGAUUGAAGCACCUGAUCUUGAUCUUGAUCCGGAAUUAAGGAAAAUGAUCACCGUUAGAGCAGGAGGAUCAUUAAGAUUAUUCAUUCCAAUUAGAGGACGACCUGUCCCUGAAAUCAAGUGGGAAAAAGCUGAUGGUGAGAUCAAGGAUACAGCUCAGAUUGAUACAACUAGUAGUUAUACAUCCCUCGUGAUUGAAAAUGUUGACAGGUUUGACAGUGGAAAGUAUACAGUAACUGCAGAAAAUGCUAGUGGAGUGAAGUCUGUCUUUAUCAGUGUCAGAGUACUUGACACACCAAGUGAACCCAUCAACUUCAAAGUGAAAGAGAUCACAAAAAGUUCUGUAACACUUACAUGGGAACCUCCUUUAUUGGAUGGUGGAGCUAAAAUUAAAAAUUAUAUUGUUGAGAAACGUGAAAGCACAAGAAAGGCCUAUUCAACUGUCAUCACAAACUGCCAUAAAAUGUCAUGGAAAAUUGAAGCACUUCAAGAAGGCUGCAAUUACUUCUUUAGAGUUCUUGCUGAAAAUGAACAUGGAAUUGGACUUCCUGCAGAAACACCCGAAUCUCUGAAAGUUUCUGAAGUCCCCCAGCCUCCGGGUAAAGUCACAGUUGUUGAUGUAACACGCAGUAGUGUUUCUCUUUCCUGGGAAAAGCCUGAGCAUGAUGGAGGCAGCAGAAUUCUUUACUAUGCUGUGGAAAUGCAAGCUAAGGAUGCUGAGAAAUGGUCUGUAUGUGCUCAAGUUAAAUCCCUGGACACUGUAGUAAGCAAUUUAGCCCAGGGAGAGGAAUAUGUGUUUAGAGUUAUUGCGGUCAAUGACAAAGGAAUGAGUGACCCUAGACUACUUGCUGUUCCAGUACAAGCAAAAGACGUUGUUAUUGCUCCAGAUGUCAGGUCCCCAUCCAGCAGUUACAGUGUACAGGUUGGCUAUGAUCUCAAAGUUGAAAUCCCUAUUGCUGGACGUCCCAAACCAAAUAUUAUUUGGACAAAGGAUGGCUCACCUCUUAAACAGACUACAAGAGUUAAUGUCAUUGAUACUCUACACCACACAAACCUAAGUAUAAAAGAAGCAACAAGAGAUGAUGAUGGCAUAUACACUAUCGCAGUUUCCAAUGUUCUUGGACAAAAGGAAACUACUUUUGAAAUCAUUACACUUGACAAACCUGGCCCACCAACUGGACCCAUUAGACUUGAAGACAUCAGUGCUGAAAGUAUCACAGUGUCUUGGGAACCACCAAAGUAUACUGGCGGCUGCCAGAUUUCAAACUACAUUGUGCAAAAGCGGGACACAACCACUACAAACUGGAUAGUCGUGUCUGCUACAGUUGCAAGAACUACUCUUAAAGUAACCAAUUUGAAAACUGGAGCAGAAUAUCAGUUCAGAGUAUUUGCAGAAAACCGAUAUGGCAAAAGUUAUGCUAUAGACUCUGAUCCUGUUGUUGCGCAGUACCCGUACAAAGAACCAGGUCCUCCUGGAACACCUUUUGUGGCAUCAGUCUCAAAGGAUCACAUGGUUGUGGAGUGGCACAAGCCAAUUUCUGAUGGCGGUAGUAGUAUAAUUGGGUACCAUUUGGAAAGAAAAGAGAAAAACAGCAUCCUUUGGACAAAGAUUAACAAAACACUUAUUCAGGAUACUCGCUUUAAAACAAGUCCUUUGGAAGAGGGUAUUGAAUAUGAGUUCAGAGUCUAUGCUGAAAAUAUUGUUGGAAUUGGUAGUUGUAGCAAAUUGUCUGAGGGCUGCAUUGCACGUGAUCCAUGUGAUCCACCAGGUAACCCAGAUGCUGUCUUUGUCAAUAGACAUUCAGUCAAACUGAAGUGGACAGAGCCAGAAUAUGAUGGAGGCAGUAUAAUAACUGGUUACAUUGUGGAGAAACGAGACCUGCCAGAAGGACGUUGGAUGAAAGCCAGUUUUACAAACAUUAUUGAAACAGAGUUUACUAUUACUGGUUUAACUGAAGACUGCAAAUAUGACUUUAGAGUUAUUGCAAAGAAUGCAGCUGGAACCAUUAGCAAACCAUCAAAGAAUACUGGAUCAAUCACUGCAAAGGAUGAAGUUGAAUCUCCAGCAUUUGAAACAGACCCAGAAUUCAACCAGGUUAUUGUUGUAAAUGCAGGAGAUACAUUUAAACUCUAUGCUGAUGUACGUGGAAAGCCAAUCCCAACAGCUCUGUGGUUCAAGGGUGAUCAAGAAAUGGAAAAUACUGCAAGAGCUGAGAUCAAGAAUACUGACCUCAAAGCAAUGAUUAUUGUUAAAGAUGCGAUAAGGAUUGAUGGUGGCCAGUAUACCUUGCAGUUAAUUAAUGUUGCCGGCAGCAAGACAGUCCCAUUCCAUGUCAAAGUACUGGACAGACCUGGACCAUCUGAAGGGCCACUUAGUGUUAGCGGAGUAACUUCUGAAAAAUGCACUCUGUCAUGGCUCCCUCCUUGUCAUGAUGGAGGUAGUAUGAUUUCUCAUUAUGUUAUUGAGAAGAGAGAAACAAGUCGUCUUGCUUGGACCGUAGUUGCUAGUGACUGCAGAGCUACCAUGUUUAAAGUAACUAAGCUUUUAAAAGGAAAUGAAUAUAUUUUCCGUGUAAUGGCAGUCAACAAAUAUGGUGUUGGUGAAGCACUAGAAUCAGCACCAGUAAUAAUGAAAAAUCCAUUUGUCCCUCCUGGGCCGCCACAAGAACUCGAAGUAACUAAUAUCAUUAGAGAUUCAAUGACUGUGUGCUGGACCAGACCAACAAGUGAUGGGGGAAAUGAAAUUGUUGGGUACAUUGUAGAGAAAAGAGACAGAACUGGAGUCAGAUGGACAAAAUGCAACAAGCGCAGAGUUACAGAUCUACGUUUCAGAGUAACAGGCCUGACAGAAGAUCAUGAAUAUGAAUUUAGAUUAUCUGCUGAAAAUGCAGCAGGAGUUGGUCAACCAAGUCCACCAACUGUAUACUAUAAAGCCUGUGAUCCAAUGUUUAAACCUGGUCCACCAACUAAUGCAAUACUGGUUCACACCACUAAAAAUUCAAUUUCAAUAGCAUGGAACAAACCAAUUUAUGAUGGGGGGAGUGAGAUUCAGGGAUACGUUGUGGAGAUCUGUAAAGCUGAAGAGGAAGAAUGGAUUGCAUGCACACCACCAACUGGCCUGCCUAUCAAUACAUUUGAAAUAACCAAACUUAUAGAACAUCAAGAAUAUAAAAUUCAAAUAUGUGCCAUCAACAGGAUAGGUGUUGGUGAACCAGCAGCUAUUCCUGGCAUUGUAAAGCCUGAAGAUAAAAUGGAGGCACCAGAAAUUGAACUUGACUCUGAACUACGAAAAGGUGUUGUGGUGCGUGCUGGAGGUUCCUUGAGAAUCAAUAUACCUUUCAAAGGUAAUCCAAUCCCAGAGGUGAACUGGUCUAAAGAUGGAGAGAUAUCUGAAAAGGCACAAAUUGAAAAGGGUUCUGACUUUACCCAAUUAUCAAUUGAUGUAUGUGACAGAAAUGAUGCUGGAAAGUAUAUACUGAAUUUGGAAAACAACAGUGGAUCAAAGUCUGCAUUUGUGUCUGUUAAAGUACUGGAUACACCAGGAGCACCUGUGAAUUUUUCAGUGAAGGAUAUUACAAGGAACAGUGUAACUCUUGCAUGGGAACCACCACUCAUUGAUGGAGGUGCAAAGAUUAAGAAUUAUGUCAUUGAUAAACGUGAAUCAAACAGAAUUGGAUACUCCAAUGUUACUGCUAAGUGCACUAAGACAAGCUUCCGGGUAGUAGAUCUCAAAGAAGGUGCAAUUUAUUACUUUAGAGUUAUGGCUGAGAAUGAAUUUGGUGUUGGUCUGCCUGCUGAAACCCAGGAUGCAGUGAAAGCAGCAGAGAUCCCACUGCCGGUAGGAAAAGUCACAUUAACAGACGUGACUAAAACUAGCGUCUCAUUAGCAUGGGAGAAACCAGAAUAUGAUGGUGGCAGCAGGAUUAUAGGCUACUUUGUUGAAAUGCAGCCAAAAGGAACAGAGGAAUGGGUAGUUGCAACCAUAACAAAGGCAUGUGAAGGCACUGUUACAGGGUUAAGUUCUGGUCAGGAAUAUUUCUUCCGUAUCAUAGCCUACAAUGAUAAAGGAAAGAGUGAUCCAAGGCCAUUAGCUGCUCCUGUUAUUGCCAAAGACAUAACUAUUGAACCCAGUUUUAAACUAACAAGCAAUACUUAUAGUGUUCAGUCUGGCAAUGAUCUUAAAAUAGAGAUUCCAGUGUUCGGACGUCCAACACCAAAGAUCGUAUGGAAAAAAGACGGACAUUCACUGAAGGAGACAACUAGGGUUAAUAUUUCUAGUACAAUGAACUCAACAGUUCUUCAUAUUAAAGAAGCUAAUAGAGAUGACUGUGGCAAGUACACAGUGAUUGCCACGAACAGUGCUGGUGCAACAACAGAAGAGCUUGGAAUUAUUGUUCUUGAUAAGCCUGGUCCACCAACUGGACCUAUGAAAAUUGAUGAAGUAAGUGCUAAUUUUGUAACCAUUUCAUGGGAACCACCAGUUUACACAGGAGGCUGUCAAAUAAACAAUUACGUUGUUGAAAAACGAGACACAACUACAACAAAUUGGCAGACUGUGUCAGCAACUGUUGCAAGGACAACUAUCAAAAUUUGUAAGCUGAAAACAGGUUCAGAAUAUCAAUUUAGAGUUUUUGCUGAAAAUAGAUAUGGGAAGAGCACUUCAUUGGAUUCACCACCAGUUCUUGUAAAGUACCCUUUCAAGGAACCUGGUCCACCUGGUACCCCAUUUGUUUCCUCAGCAACAAAAGAUCAUAUGGUUAUUGAAUGGAAAGCUCCAAUGAACAAUGGAGGCAGUGCUAUUAUUGGUUACCAUAUUGAACGUAAAGAAAGAAACAGCAUUUUGUGGCAUAAGUUAAACAAUCUUCUCAUUACAGACACUCGAUUUAAGACAAAUGAUCUUGAAGAAGGCAUUGAAUAUGAAUACAGAGUAUAUGCAGAAAACAUAGUUGGCACUAGUGCUCCAAGCAAGGUCUCAGAAUGUGCUGUUGCCCGUGACCCUUGUGAUCCACCUGGCACUCCUGAAGCUAUAGUUAUCACUAGAAACCAUGUAACCCUUCAGUGGACAAUCCCACAAUAUGAUGGUGGUAGUAAAAUCACAGGUUAUAUUGUGGAGAAGAAAAAAUUACCUGAAGGUCGCUGGAUGAAGGCCAGCUUCACCAACAUUAUUGACACUGAAUUCACAUGCACAGGAUUAACAGAGGAAGAAAGAUAUGAGUUUAGGGUAAUUGCAAGAAAUGCCUCAGGCAUUUUAAGUGAACCGUCUGAAACCAGUGGACCAAUUACUGCUAAAGAUGAAAUUGAAGCUCCAACAGCUUCACUGGAUUCAAAGUUUAAGGAUGUUAUUGUCGUUAAUGCUGGGGAAACUUUUACCAUUGAUGCUGACAUUUUUGGAAAACCUCUUCCGGAUAUUACAUGGUUAAAGGAUGGAAUAGAAAUUGAUAAGACAACUCCAAGAAUGGAAGUUAAAACCACCAUCCAGCGAACAGUACUUACAGUAAAGGACUGCAUUAGAGUUGAUGGCGGACAUUAUGUGCUUCAUCUCAGCAAUGUUGGUGGAAUUAAAUCAAUACCAGUAAAUGUGAAGGUUCUUGAUAGACCUGGUCCUCCAGAUGGCCCACUAAAAGUCACUGGUGUAAGAGCUGAGAAAUGCUAUUUAUCUUGGGGUCAUCCUUCACAUGAUGGUGGUGCUAGUAUUUCUCAUUAUAUUAUUGAGAAGAGAGAAACUAGUAGGCUGUCUUGGACUGUAGUUGAACCUAAAAUCCAAGCUGUUAGUUAUAAAGUGACCAAACUUCUGCCAGGAAAUGAGUAUAUUUUCAGAGUUAUGGCAGUUAACAAAUAUGGAGUGGGAGAACCCCUUGAAUCUGAGCCUGUAGUGGCACGCAAUCCAUUCAAGCCACCAAGUGCACCCUCCAUACCUGAAACAAGUGCUAUAACAAGAGAUUCUAUGGUUAUCACAUGGGAGCGGCCAGAAGAUAAUGGUGGUUCAGAAAUUGAUAACUAUAUUCUUGAAAAACGUGACAAAGAAGGCAUCCGAUGGACAAAAUGCAAUAAAAAGAGACUGACUGAUUUACGAUUUAGAGUUACUGGACUUACAGAAGGCCACUACUAUGAAUUCCGUGUUUCAGCUGAAAAUGCUGCUGGUGUAGGACAGCCCAGUAAGGCAUCAGAACUUUACAAAGCUUGUGAUGCAACAUAUCCGCCUGGUCCUCCAAACAAUCCUAAAGUAACUGACCACUCAAGCACCACAGUGACCCUUGCCUGGAGCAAACCAAUCUAUGAUGGUGGUGCAUCCAUAAUGGGAUAUAUUGUAGAGAUGAAAGAAGUUUCUGAGGAUGAGUGGACCACAUGCACACCACCAACUGGUAUACAAACAACACACUAUACUGCAAAACACCUGAAGGAAAAUGCAGAAUACACCUUCAGGGUCUUGGCUGUCAAUGUUGAAGGAGUUGGAGAACAUGCUGAUGUCCCAGGCUCUGUGAUUGCAGCUGAAAAACUUGAAGCUCCAGAGAUUGAAUUAGAUGCUGAACUCAGGAAAAUAGUCACAGUACGAGCAAGUGGAACACUUCGUUUGUUUGUUACUAUCAAGGGAAGACCUGAACCUGAAGUCAAGUGGGAAAAAGCUGAUAGUCCAUUAGCUGAACGAGCACAAGUUGAAGUAACCAGCUCCUAUACUAUGCUUAUAAUUGACAAUGUCAACAGAUAUGAUGGGGGAAAAUAUGUUUUAACUCUGGAAAAUAACAGUGGCACAAAAUCAGCGUUUGUAAAUGUUCGAGUACUAGACUCCCCAAGUGAGCCUCUUAACUUUGAUAUUAAAGAUGUCAAGAGAAACUCAGUAACUCUUUCUUGGGAGCCUCCUCUCAUUGAUGGUGGAGCCAAGAUAGCAAAUUAUAUUGUAGAGAAACGUGAAUCUGCAAGAAUGGCAUACACUACUGUUACAAAUAACUGUGUCAGGAAUUCAUUUAGAGUCGAUGACUUACGAGAGGGAGGUGUUUACUAUUUCCGUGUAUUAGCUGUCAAUGAACAUGGUGUUGGUUUGCCAGCAGAAACUAAAGAUGCUGUUAAAGUGUCUGAAGCACCAUUAUCACCAGGUAAAGUCACACUUGUGGAUGUGACUCGAAAAAGUGUUAGUCUUUCAUGGGAGAAACCAGAUCAUGAUGGUGGCAGCAAAAUUACUUGUUACAUUAUCGAGAUGCAAACUAAAGGUAGUGACAAAUGGACUGUGUGUGCCACGGUUAAGGCUCUAGAAGCAACUAUUGAUGGCCUGACUUCAGGUGAAGAAUAUUUGUUUAGAAUUAUUGCUGUAAAUGACAAGGGAAAGAGUGAUCCAAAGCUACUUGGAGCACCUGUGAUUGCAAAGGACAUUCAAAUCGAACCUAUUAUCAAUCUCUUAUUCAACACUUACAGUGUGAAAGCUGGAGAUGAUCUCAAAAUAGAUGUUCCAUUUAGAGGCAGACCUCUACCAGAGGUCUCAUGGAAGAAAGAUGGCCAUCUAUUAAAGCAAACAACUAGGGUAAAUGUUCAAACAUCUAAGACCUCAAGUAAAAUUGUUAUUAAAGAUGCUGCCAGAGAGGAUUCUGGAAUGUAUGAAAUCACAUUAAGUAAUUCUAUUGGCACCAAAUCUGCUGAAAUUAGUGUCAUUGUCCUUGACAAACCUGGGCCACCAGGGCCAAUUAAAAUUGAUGAAGUUAGUGCUGAUAAUGUAUCAUUGUCUUGGGAUCCACCAGAAUAUGAUGGUGGUUGCCAAAUAAACAAUUAUGUGGUAGAAAAGAGAGAUACUACCACCACUGUAUGGCAAAUCGUGUCAGCGACAGUUGCCCGGACUUCAAUCAUAGUUUCCCACUUGACCCAGGGUUCUGAGUAUCAGUUCCGUGUUUGUGCAGAGAACCGAUAUGGAAAAAGCCACUUUGUUGACUCAUCAUCAGUUAUUGCUCAGUAUCCCUUUAUGCCACCUGGCCCACCUUCUGCUGUUCGAGUUACUGAUGCUACUAAAACCCAUAUGGCUGUUGCAUGGAAUAGACCAGCCAGUGAUGGUGGUAGUUCAAUACUUGGAUACCACUUAGAAUGUAAAGAACCCAGUAGCAUUCUCUGGACAAAGAUAAACCGAGGCCUUAUUACUGAUACACAAUUCAAAGUGACCAGCAUUGAAGAGGGCUUAUUAUAUGAAUUUCGCAUCUAUGCUGAAAACAUUGCUGGAAUUGGGAAGUGCAGCAAAGCCUCUGAAGCUGUGGCUGCAAGAGAUCCAUGUGAUCCUCCAGGUCAACCUACAGUGACAAAUAUCACUAGAACAACUGUUUCACUGUCUUGGACAAAACCUGAGUAUGAUGGUGGAGCUAUGAUUACGGGUUACAUUAUUGAACGAAAAGAACUUCCAGAUGGGCGGUGGCUGAAGUGCAAUUUCACCAAUGUCCAGGAAACAUUCUUUGAUAUUACAGGCCUUACAGAGGAUCAGCGAUAUGAUUUCCAUGUCAUUGCUAGGAAUGCAACUGGAUUGUUCAGUAAGCCAUCUGAGAACACAGGCCCUGUCACUGUAAAGGAUGAUGUUGAGGCACCAACUAUCAUGAUGGAUGACAAGUUUAGACAAUUAGUAGUUGUGAAAGCUGGAGAAGUCCUACAGAUCAAUGCAGAUAUAGCUGGUCGUCCUCAUCCAGUCAUUUCAUGGACAAAGGAUGGUAAAGAAAUUGAGGCUAAAGCUAGGGUUGAGAUCUCAUCUACAAACUUCAUCACUAACAUAACUGUCAAAGACUGCAUCAGAAGAGAUUCUGGACAGUAUGUAUUAACUUUACAGAAUGUUGCUGGUACAAGAUCCUUAGCAGUAAACUGCAAGGUGCUUGAUCGACCAGGACCAUCAUCAGGGCCUGUGGAAGUUACAGGCCUUACAGCUGAAAAAUGUACACUGAGUUGGGGACCACCUCAAGAAAAUGGUGGUGCAGAAAUUUCCCACUAUAUUGUUGAAAAGCGUGAAACAAGUCGCCUUACUUGGACAGUAGUACAUGGAGAGAUGAAAGCUACAACAUGCAAAGUCACUAAGCUUCUCAAAGGUAAUGAGUACAUAUUCAGAGUUCUGGGUGUAAAUAAAUUUGGAGUUGGUGAACCCCUUGAAAGUGAUCCUGCUAAAGCUAUAGAUCCAUUCACUGUCCCAUCACCACCCACAAACGUUGAAGUCACUAGUGUAACAGCUGAGGCAAUGACAAUCUGCUGGGAAAGACCUGCUUCUGAUGGAGGUAGUGAAAUUUGUGGUUAUGUAAUUGAAAAGCGUGAGAAGACAGGUCUGCGUUGGGUUCGUGUAAAUAAAAGGCCGGUGUAUGACCUAAGAGUUAAGGCUUCUAAUCUGCGGGAAGGAUGUGAAUAUGAGUACCACGUUUACGCAGAAAAUGCUGCUGGUUUAAGUCUUCCAAGUCACCCAUGUCCAUUAACUAAAGCAGAAGACCCACAGUUUUUACCAUCCCCACCAGCUAAACCUAAAAUAAUUGAUUCAACAAAGAGCUCCAUCACUAUUACAUGGAACAAGCCACUUUUUGAUGGUGGAGCACCAAUAACUGGAUACAGUGUUGAGUACAGGAAAACCGAAGAUGAAGACUGGGUUGUGGCGGUCCAAAAUACAAGAAACACUGAAUUUACUGUUGUAAGCCUUACAUCUGGAGCAGAGUAUGUGUUUGCUGUGAAAUCAAUCAACAAGAUUGGUCUGAGUGAUCCAAGUCCAGCUUCUGAUCCUCAAGUGGCAAAGGACAGAGAAGAUGAACCAGUUUUUGACAUUAGUAAUGAAAUGCGAAAGACACUAAUUGUUAAGGAUGGUAGCUCGUUUACUUUGACUGUGCCAUUCAAGGGAAAACCGGUGCCUAAUGUGAUAUGGAAUAAAGCAGAUGUAGAUCUCAGAGUAAGAGCUUCUAUUGAUACAAGUGAUACUUGCACAUCUAUAACAGUAGAGCAAGCAACAAGAAAUGACUCUGGAAAGUACACUGUGUCACUACAAAAUGUUGCUGGGACAUCCACUUUGACACUAGUUGUCAAGGUCCUUGACUCUCCAGGACCAGUUUCUCAAAUUGAUAUCAAGGAUGUCACAAAGAACUCUGCAACAGUGACAUGGGAUGCACCAGAAAAUGAAGGUGGUGCACCUGUGAAAAAUUACCAUGUUGAACUAAGAGAAGCGAGUAAAAUGGGAUGGACAAAAAUCACUGAUAAAUGCCACCGCUUGACUUAUAAAGUUACAGAUUUGCAGGAGGGAGGGGUAUACUACUUCAGAGUCACUGGUGAAAAUGAAUUUGGAGUUGGUGUUCCAUUUGAGACCAAAGAUGGAACAAAGAUUACAGAAAAACCAAGUCCACCUCCAAAGCUUGGAGUUACUGAUGUUACAAAGGACAGUGUCUCAUUAGCAUGGUGUAAACCAGAGCAUGAUGGAGGAAGCAGAAUCACCAGUUAUCUGAUAGAGGCUCUUGAAAAGGGCCAAGAGAAGUGGGUAAAGUGUGGCGUGGUCAAAUCCACCCACUAUACUGUCUGUGGUCUGAGGGAAAAUGCUGAAUAUUUCUUCAGAGUCCGUGCUGAAAACCAUGCUGGUCUAAGUGAAGCCAAAGAGAUGGUCUUACCAGUACUUGUAAAAGAUCAGCUUGAAUCUCCAGAAAUUAAUAUGAAAGAUUUCCCUCACAAUACUGUAUAUGUUAAAGCAGGAUCAAACCUGAAAUUUGAAAUUCCUCUUACUGGUAAACCUCUGCCAAAGAUUUCUAUAUCAAAAGACAAUGUUGUUCUGAAAUCAACAAUGAGAUUUAAUUCAGAAGUAACUCCUGAAGGUCUCAUUAUUUGCCUUCGAGAAAGUAUUGCUCAUGAUGCUGGAAGGUAUGACAUCACUGCCUCCAACACAAGUGGAACUACCAAGUCUUUUGUUAAUAUUGUGGUAUUGGACAGACCAAGUCCUCCGAUUGGUCCAGUGGAUAUUAGUGAUGUUACCGAAAGCAGUGUAAGUUUGAAAUGGCUUCCUCCCCUAUAUGAUGGUGGAAGCCCAGUGACUAACUAUAUUGUAUACAAACGUGAGACAACAACUGCCAACUGGACAGAAGUAUCAUCGGCAGUAGCAAGGGGUACUAUUAAGAUCAUGAAGCUGACAACAGGUGAAGAGUUUCAGUUCAGAAUCAAGGCAGAAAAUCGCUUUGGCAUCAGUGAUCACCUGGACUCUCUAGCUGUCAGAGUGGAACUGCCGUACACAAUCCCUGGAUCCCCAUCAACACCAUGGGUGACUUCUGUAACAAGAGAGAGCAUUACUGUCAAUUGGAAAGAGCCUGUCUCAGAUGGCGGAAGCCAUGUAUUUGGAUAUCACUUACAGAUGAAAGACAAAAACAGCAUCUUGUGGCAGAAAGUUAACAAAACUGUCAUCCGUGCUGCACAUUUCAAAGUCACAAACAUCAGCCCUGGCCUGAUCUAUGAGUUUAUGGUGGCAGCAGAAAAUGCAGCUGGCAUUGGAGAAUCCAGCAAAACUUCAGAUGCAGUACUUGCAAUUGAUGCCUGUGAACCUCCUAUCAAUGUGCGUAUUUCUGACAUUACAAAGAAUUCUAUUACCCUUGUCUGGGAAAAGCCUCCCUAUGAUGGUGGCAGUAAAAUCACUGGAUACAUUAUUGAGAGCAAAGAAUCACAGAAAGGAAGAUGGUCAAAGGCAAAUCUAAUGAAUGUUGCAGACACAAAAUUCACUGUGUCGGGUUUGACACAGGAUCAGUCCUAUGAAUUCAGAGUCUUUGCAAAGAAUGCAGUUGGUUCUGUAAGCAAUCCAUCACUUAUUGCCGGACCAGUCACAUGUGUUGAUACAUACGGUGCCCCUGAGAUUGACAUACCUCCAGAGUAUUUGGAUGUUGUGAAAUACAAGGCAGGAGCAGAUGUUCAUCUUAAGUUUGGAAUUAUUGCAAAGCCUCGACCAACAAUUGAGUGGUAUAAAGAUGGAAAGGAACUGAAACCAAGUGCUCAGCUAUCAAUUGUGAGCAGCAUGGAUGACUCUAGCAUUUUUAUCAAGGAUGCAAGUCGUGUAAACAGUGGCACUUAUGAAAUGAAAAUCAAGAACUCUUUGGGAUCCAUAUCUGCAACCGUCAGGCUACAGAUUUUAGACAAACCAGGACCUCCAGCUAGAACUAUACAAUUCAAGACUGUUACAGCAGAGAAGAUUACCAUAAUGUGGGAUCCCCCGACAGAUGAGGGUGGAGCAAUGGUCACCCACUACAUUGUAGAAAAACGAGAAACAAGCAGGAUUCUAUGGUCUAUUGUAUCUGAAAAACUGGAAGAAUGUAUCAUGUCUGUUCAAAACUUGAUUAAAGGAAAUGAAUACAUCUUCCGUAUCAGAGGUGUUAACAAAUAUGGAGUUGGAGAUCCUUUGGAGUCUGAGCCAGUUAUUGCAAGGAAUUCAUUUGUUCCUCCUGGAAAGCCCACCAUGCCUUCAGUCUCAAUGAUUACUAGGUCAACAAUGACAGUGGUUUGGGAGAGACCACAUGAUGAUGGUGGUAGUGAUAUUAAUGGUUAUUUCCUGGAAAAGCGUGAGAAGAAGAGUCUAAGUUGGUUUAAGGUCAUCAAAAAUCCCAUUCGUGACACAAGACAGAAAGUUACAAACCUUACAGAAGGGAAUGAAUAUCAGUACCGUGUCUGCGCAAUCAAUAAAGCGGGUUCAGGCCCAUAUUCAAAUGUGUCUGAUUUUUAUAAAGCAUCUGAUCCAGUUGACCCACCAAGUGAUCCUACUAAACUUAAAGUGGUUGACUCAACCAAAACAUCUAUUACCCUUGGAUGGGUGAAGCCUGUGUAUGAUGGUGGCAGUGAGAUUACAAGCUAUAUUGUUGAGCAAAGAAUGGCUGAUGAGCAAGACUGGCUUGUUAUUAGCUCCAGGGGUGAAGUGAGAACCACAGAGUAUGUUGUGCCUCACCUUAAACCUGGAAUCAACUACUUUUUCCGUGUCUCUGCUGUAAACUGUGUCGGAUCUGGAAAGCCAAUAGAAAUGGCUCAGCCUGUUCAAGCUAAGGAUAUUCUUGAGGAAGCUGACUUUGAUAUUGAUGCCUCAAUGACAACCCAAUAUAUGGUCAAGGCAGGAAAGGACCUUGAAGUCAGAAUUCCACUGAAAGGAAGACCUGUGCCAAAUGUCACCUGGAGAAGGGCAGACAGGAACAUUAGCAGUGAUCCAAAGUACAAUAUUCACAAUACAGAAUCAUCAACUGUUCUUAUAAUUCCAAAAGUGUCUCGUGAUGACUCUGGCAAAUAUCAUCUUGAGAUUGAAAAUGGUGUGGGGGAGCCCAAAACAAUAACAGUGUCUGUUAAAGUACUUGACACUCCAUCGUCUUGCCAAAGACUAGUAGUGAAGAAUGUUUCUCGUGGGAAAGCAACUUUAAGCUGGGAGCCACCUCUGAUUGAUGGUGGUUCUGCAAUCACCAAUUAUAUAAUUGAAAAGAGGGAUUCUACAAAGAAAUCUUAUUCUAAUGUGACAACUGAGUGCUCAAACACGACAUAUAAAAUUGAAGGCCUUUCUGAGGAAAUUUGCUAUUUCUUCCGUGUUUCAGCUGAGAAUGAAAAUGGAGUUGGUGAUCCUUGUGAAACAGUUGAUCCCGUGAGGGCUACUGAGACACCUGGUCCAGUCAAAGACCUCAUGAUAAAGGACACCACAAAAACAUCAGUAAUACUACAGUGGACAAAACCUGAUCAUGAUGGUGGCAGCCAUGUCUCAGAUUAUGUCAUUUCAAACAAAGCAAGGGAUGAAAAAGAGUGGACAGUAGCUGGCACUUCUAAACGCUGUCAAUAUGAGGUCACAAACCUGAAAGAGCUUACAGUCAUGGAUUUCCGAGUCUACUCCAAGAAUGAGAAAGGCCAAAGUGACUAUUCUCAAGUUGGACCUGUCACAGUGCAAGAAAUAAUUAUACCACCAGAAGCAGACCUUAUUGAUUACCCCGGGAAUGAAGUUAGUGUGCGUAUUGGACAAACUGUUAACAUUGAACUACCAUACAAGGGUAAACCAAAACCAGUUACACAGUGGUUGAAAGAUGAUAUUCCAUUGAAGGAGAGUGAGCAGGUGCGUUUGAGGUUAACAGAAAAUAAAGCUGCCCUCACUAUUAGAAAUGUAAGAAAGGAUAAUGCAGGGAAGUAUACACUUACCCUUGAUAACAAAAUCAGCAAAAAUUCAUUCAAUAUUCAAGUUAUUACCCUUGGACCACCUUCUUCCCCUAUUGGCCCCAUCAAAUUUGAUGAAAUUAAAGCACAGGGCAUUAUCAUCUCCUGGAAUGAACCAAAUGAUGAUGGGGGUGGAGAAAUAACAUGCUACAGUGUGGAGAAACGGGAAACUUCUCAGGCUGCUUGGAAGAUGGUUUGCUCAAGUGUAGUUAGGACAACAUUUAAGAUACCUAACUUGAUUAAAGGAACAGAAUACCAAUUCAGAGUACGUGCAGAAAAUAAAUAUGGUGUGAGUGAGGCCCUGCCUUCAGAAGCCGUGGUUGCUCAACACCAGUACAAACCACCAGGACCACCAGGAAGACCAGUUGUUUACAAUGUCACUAGUGAUGGCAUGACUAUUCAAUGGGAAGCACCUGGUUAUGAUGGUGGUUCACCAAUUACUGGAUACCACGUGGAGAAGAAGGACAGGAACAGCCUUCUCUGGACCAAAGUUAAUACAACAGCGAUAUCUGGCAGAGAGUAUAGAAUUAUUGGGCUUAUUGAAGGUUUAGAAUAUCAAUUUAAAGUGUUUGCACAAAAUAAUGCUGGCAUGAGUCCAGCUAGUGAAACUAGCAAGCACACCCUGGCAAUAUCUCCAGUUGACCCACCAGGUACACCUAAUUGCAUUGAUGUGACAAGAGAAUCCGUUACACUGAAAUGGGAUAUACCCAAACAUGAUGGAGGCAGCAGAAUAGUGGCAUACACUGUUGAGCGGCGCCAGGGACGGGGACGUUGGUUAAGAUGUAACUUUGUUGAUAUCAGUGAAUGCCAGUUCACAGUAACAGGACUUGCUGCAGGUGAUCGGUAUGAAUUCAGAGUGAUUGCAAGAAAUGCAGUUGGCACAGUUAGCCCCCCCUCCCAGUCAUCUGGUUAUAUUAUGACCAGAGAUGAAAGUGUUUCUCCGGACAUUGAGUUUGCUGCAGAGAAGUGUAUAACAGUAAAAGCAGGUGAAAAUAUUACAAUCAAUGUAAAUAUCACUGGAAGUCCUCUACCUCAAGUCACAUGGUUUAAGGAUGGAAAAGAAAUUGACAAGAAGAUGAUGAUUGAGGUCACAACAGCUAUUGGAUCGAGCACGGUCUUCAUCAGAGAUUCUGACCGCAAUCACCGUGGUGUAUACACUGUGGAGGCCAAAAAUAGUGCUGGAACUAAGAAAGAGGAUAUUCUUGUCAGAGUUCAAGAUACACCUGGACCACCUGUUGGGCCAAUCAGGUUCACAAAUAUCUCAGCAGAGAAAGCAACAAUCUGGUGGAGCCCACCUGAAAAUGAUGGCUGUGCUGCCAUUACUCAUUAUAGGAUUGAAAAGCGUGAGACAUCUCGGAUUUCCUGGGCCCUUGUAACAGACGAGUGUGAAGCCUGCUCAUUCAAUGCCACCAAGCUAAUCAAGGGCAAUGAGUACCAAUUCCGAGUUUCUGCAAUCAAUAAGUUUGGAGUUGGUAAACCGAUGGACUCUGAUCCCGUAAUAGCAGAGAUGCAAUUUACUGUACCAGAUGCUCCUGGCACACCUGAUGCAACCCAUAUCACAGGAAAUAGUAUUACUCUUUCAUGGACCAGACCAAGAUCAGAUGGAGGAAAUGAAAUCAAACAAUACAUUCUGGAAAGACGUGAAAAGAAGAGCAUGCGCUGGGUGAGGGUGUCAUCAAAGAGACCCAUCGCUGAACUUAGAUACAGAGUAACAAAUCUUACUGAAGGUAAUGAAUAUGAAUUCCAUGUAAUGGCAGAAAAUAAUGCUGGAAUAGGACCACCAAGUAGUACCUCAAGACUUUUCAAAUGCAAAGAACCAACAAGUCCACCAAGUGCUCCAACUGUUGUGAAGGUUACAGAUUCGUCAAAGACAUCUGUCAGUUUGGAAUGGACAAAGCCUGUGUUUGAUGGUGGUAUGGAGAUCAUUGGGUACAUCAUUGAGAUGUGUAAGGCAAGUCUAGAAGAAUGGCACAGAGUUAAUACCUCAACUUGCAUUAAUACCUAUUAUACUGUUACUGAUUUGGAAGCUGGUGAGGAAUAUAAAUUCAGAGUCUGUGCCGUUAAUGGAGCUGGAAAAGGAGAAACCUCCGAAAUUCCUAAUGCAGUUCAAACUGUAGACAGACUUACAUCACCAGAAAUUGACAUUGAUGCCAGCUUCAAACAGACCCAUAUUGUGAAGAAUGGAGGAACAGUCACUCUUCAUAUACCCUUUAAAGGAAAACCUCCUCCUCUUGCCACAUGGACAAAAGCAGAUGGAGAGAUUGGGGUGAUGGCUGAUAUUAAUACCACAGAAACAUCGAGUACUUUGACUAUUGAGAGCUGUACCAGAUAUGAUGCUGGAAAGUACACAUUAUCACUUGAAAAUAAUAGUGGCCGCAAAUCUAUUACUUUUACAGUGAAGGUGCUAGAUACACCUGGACCACCAGGACCUCUCACAUUCAAGGAUGUCACAAGAGGAGCUUUGACACUGAUGUGGGAUGCCCCACUCAAUGAUGGUGGAGCUCGAAUUCAGCAUUAUGUCAUUGAGAAACGUGAAGCUAGUCGUCUUAGCUGGCAGGAAGUUAGUAUUAAAUGCUCUCGACAAAUAUUGAGAGUUACCAAUCUUGCAAUAGGUGUACCAUACCUUUUUAGAGUUAUGGCAGAAAAUCAGUUUGGACUGGGUGAAGCUUAUGAAAUGUCAGAGGCCAUCAUUGCCACUGAAGAACCUGCUCCACCUAAACGACUGGAUAUUAUUGAUACAUCUAAUUCUACUGCUACCUUGGCCUGGCUAAAACCUGAACAUGAUGGCGGGAGUCGCAUCACAGGCUAUAUUGUUGAGACAAAAGCUAAGGGCUCUGAUCAUUGGGUUUUUGGAGGUCAAACUAAAUCUCUACACAUGGUUAUUGAGGGUCUAGUUGAGAACACAGAAUACGACUUCCGUGUAAAAGCAAAGAAUGAUGCAGGCCUCAGUGAUCCAAGAGAUGCUUUUGCCUCUGUAAUAAUUAAAGAGCCUCGCAUUGAGCCAACUGCAGAUCUUAGUGGAAUCACCAAUCAACUUAUCACAUGCAAAACGGGAAGUACAUUCACUAUAGAUGUUCCUAUUAGUGGAAGACCAGCUCCUAAGGUAACUUGGAAACUUGAAGAAAUGAAACUAAAGGAAACCGACCGGAUCUUAAUUAAGACCACAAAAGAGAGAACAUAUUUGACAGUGAAGGACUCCAUGAGAGGCGAUAGUGGAAAAUAUUACCUUAUUCUUGAAAAUAUUGCAGGAACCAAAACCUUCACUGUUACUGUUAAUGUUGUUGGAAGACCAGGGCCACCAGUAGGGCCUGUUGAAGUGUCAUCCAUAUCUUCGGAGUCCUGUGUAUUGACAUGGACUGAACCUGAAGAUGAUGGUGGAACGGAUGUCACCAACUACAUUGUGGAAAAGCGUGAGUCUGCGUCUACUACAUGGCAGCUUGUGAACUCCAGUGUGAAACGAACUACAAUUAAAGUUACUCAUCUUACCAAAUACAUGGAGUACACAUUCCGUGUCUGUGCUGAGAACAGAUUUGGUGUGAGCAAAUCAAUUGAAUCUCAAGCUAUUGUUGCUGAGCAUCCAUUUGUUCCACCUAGUCCACCAUCACGACCAGAUGUAUUGUCAGUUACUGCAAAUGCUAUGACUAUUUGCUGGGAAGCGCCAUAUCACGAUGGUGGCAGCCAAGUGACUGGGUAUUGGAUCGAGAAAAAAGAGCGUAAUACCAUUCUUUGGGUGAGGGAGAACAAGAUUCCAUGCAUUGAGCGCCACUUCAAAGUGUCCUCUCUCAUUGAAGGACUUGAAUAUCAAUUCAGAGUAUAUGCAAUGAAUAUUGCUGGAUUGAGCAAAGCCAGUGAAGCAUCAAGACCAUUGCUGGCUCUGAAUCCUGUUGAUCCUCCUCUUAGACCAGAAGUGACUGAUGUGACAAAAUCCACGGUUUCACUCAAAUGGUGUGAACCAUUGAAUGAUGGUGGUAGCAGGAUUGUAGGGUACAUUGUGGAGCGCAAGCUUUACAGUGAUGAGGGAGAGGGUCGUUGGCUGAAAUGCAAUUACACAACUAUCACAGAGACCUACUUUACAGUACCAUCCCUAGGAGAGGGAGAAGUGUAUGAGUUCCGUGUUAUUGCCAAGAAUGGAGCUGGAGUGCAUAGUAUGCCCUCAGAAUCAACAGGACCAAUCACCUGCAAGGAUGAUUACACACCCCCUAGGGCUGAGCUUGACAGCAAGCUUAUUGGAGAGACUGUGACAAUCAGAGCUGGUGCAGACCUUGUUCUUGAUGCUGCAGUUGGUGGCAAACCUGAACCGAAAGUUUUUUGGGCUAAGGGAGAUAAAGAACUGGAGCUUGGUGAAAAGUAUUCGUUGCAGUACACCAGUACUCGUGCUAUGGCUAUCAUCAAGUCCUGUGACAGAAAUGACUCUGGAAAAUACAUUCUAACAGUCCAAAAUGCCAGUGGAAUCAAGACUACUGCUGUUCUUGUGAAAGUGCUUGAUACUCCUGGGCCUUGUGGCGAUAAGAUAUUAAUCACUAGAGUAACAGAGGAAAAGUGCACUGUUUCUUGGAAAAUACCCCCUGAAGAUGGUGGGGCCCCAGUAACGCAUUAUAUUGUUGAGCGACGUGAAACUAGUAGAAUUAACUGGGUAUUAAUGGAAGCUGAGUGCAAGACCCUUUCUUGUGUUGCUACUAGACUGAUUAAGAAUAAUGAGUACAUCUUCCGUGCCAGAGGUGUAAAUAAGUAUGGACCUGGUGUACCACUUGAAUCUGAACCCAUUAUUGCCAGAAAUGCAUACACAAUUCCAUCACCUCCUGGUGCACCACAAAUCAUUGCUGUAGGGAAGGAACAUUCCAUUAUUGAAUGGCUUAAGCCUGAGAGUGAUGGUGGCAGUGAAAUUAAAAAUUAUCUUGUGGACAAACGUGAAAAGAAGAGUGUUAGGUGGACAAGAGUUAACAAAGAGUACACCAUAUAUGAUACAAGACUUAAGAUUACUGGUCUUCUGGAAGGCAGUGAUUAUCAAUUCCGUGUCACGGCUGUGAAUGCUGCUGGUAACAGUCAACCAAGUGAAGCUUCUGACUAUGCCUUCUGCAGGGAGCCAACAUAUACUCCUGCUCCUCCAGCAGUUCCUCACGUGACAGAUACCACCAAACAUAGCAUUAGUUUGGUAUGGACAAGACCAAUGUAUGAUGGUGGUGCUGAUGUAACUGGAUAUAUUGUUGAAGUGCUUGAGGAAGGAACAGAGCAGUGGUAUAGGGCUCAACAAGAGCUCUUGAAGACCACGGAGUACACUGCAGCUGGCCUUACAAGCAACAAGAAGUAUAGAUUUAGAGUCGCUGCAGUUAAUCUUAAUGGAACCGGUGAAUUCAGUGAACCAUCCACAGAAAUUGAGCCUCUUGAAAGAACUGAAAUACCUGACCUUGAACUUGCUGAUGACUUGAAGAAGACUGUCUGUGUAAGAGCUGGUGGAUCACUUCGCCUGUUUGUGGCUGUGACUGGAAGACCUAUACCAGUAAUUACUUGGAGAAAGCCUGGUGUAGAUCUUCAGAGUAGAGGAUUUAUUGAUAUAACUGACAGUUAUACAACUUUGACAAUUGAAAAAGUAAAUCGCUAUGAUGCUGGCAAAUACAUUAUUGAGGCAGAGAAUCCAUGGGGCAAGAAAUCAGCUACUAUUCUUGUGAAGAUCUAUGAUACCCCUGGUCCACCAGGUUCUGUUAAGGUUAAAGAUUAUACAAAAGAAUCUGUUGUUAUUACAUGGGAUGUCCCCAGUAUUGAUGGAGGAGCACCUGUCAACAACUACAUAAUUGAGAAACGUGAAGCAUCAAUGAAGUCUUAUAAAACAGUUACAUCCAAAUGUAAUAAGACAUUGUUCAGAAUCACAGGACUGACUGAAGGAACACUGUACUUUUUCAGAGUCUUGCCAGAAAAUAUCUAUGGUGUUGGUGAGCCUUGUGAAAUCAGUGAUGCUGUGCUAGUAUGUGAGGUUCCAAUGAUUCCUCAGAAAUUGGAAGUAAUGGAUGUAACAAAGUCUACCAUUACGCUGGCAUGGGAGAAACCACUUCAUGAUGGUGGCAGUAAACUUACUGGCUACACUAUUGAAACUUGCAAGUUUGGAACAGAGAGAUGGAUGACUGUCGCUACACUGAAAACAACUGUGUUGGAGCACACCAUAACCUCUCUAAAUGAGUCAGAACAGUACCUCUUUAGAAUCAGAGCCAUUAACAGCCGGGGAAUCAGUGAGCCUAGAGAAAUUGUGUCACCUGUAACUAUUCAAGAACAAAGAGUUGUACCAAAGAUUGAUGUGGCAGGAAUUCCACAGAAGAUUGUCAAUGUACCAGCUGGUAAACCAAUUGAGCUUCAAAUUCCCAUAUAUGGCAGACCUUCACCAGUUUGCUCAUGGUUCUUUGGUGGUGCCAAGAUAAAGGAACUUGACCGUGUAAAGAUUGAAACCACUGCAAAAUACACCAAACUAACAGUGCGUGAAACCACAAUUGAUGACACAGGUGACUACACACUUGAGGUCAAAAAUGUUGCAGGAAUUGCCACUGAGAUCAUUAAAGUUGUCAUUCUAGACAAACCUGGCAUACCAGUUGGACCUUUAAGAAUCGAGGAGGUUGAUGCCACAUCUGUCACUGUCAGCUGGGAACCACCAGAAAAAGAUGGAGGUGCUAAUAUCAGUGGCUAUGUGGUUGAACAGCGUGAUGCUCAUCGUCCAGGAUGGCUUCCUGUGUCUGAAUCUGUUACCAGACCCACUUUCAAGUUCACUAGACUGACUGAAAGUACUGAAUAUGUGUUCCGUGUGGCUGCAACAAAUCGAUUCGGUAUUGGAUCAUUUUUGCAGUCAGAUGUUGUGGAGUGUAAAAGUGCCAAAACUAUACCAGGGCCACCAGGUAGACCUGAGGUAUUUGACGUGUCUCGUGAUGGAAUGACUAUUACCUGGCUUCCACCAGAGACAGAUGGUGGUUCCCAGGUAUCUGGUUAUAUCAUUGAACGCAAAGAGGUUAGAUCUGACCGAUGGGUGCGCAUUAAUAAGAAUCCGGUAACAAUGACAAGAUAUAGAUCCAUGGGCCUUAUUGAAGGCCUUGAAUAUGAGUACAGAGUUACAGCCAUCAACUCUAGAGGCUCUGGAAAGCCAAGUCCUACCUCCAAAUCAGUUGUGGCAAUGGAUCCAAUUGAUCCACCUAGUACACCACUGAAUCCAAGAGUUACAGAUACCACUAGAACAUCUGUCUCUCUGGCUUGGAAUCCCCCAGAAGAAGAGGGUGGUUCUAGUAUUACAGGAUACCUGAUUGAAAUGCAGAAGAUUGAUCAGAUUGAAUGGACCAAAUGCAACACUACACCUACUAAGAUUUGUGAAUACACCUUGACGCAUAUGCCCCAGGGAGCUGAAUAUAGAUUCCGUGUUAUGGCAUGUAAUGCUGGUGGACCUGGUGAACCAGUAGAAGUACCUGGAGUUGUUAAAGUUACAGAGAUGCUUGAAUAUCCUGAUUAUGAGCUGGAUGUCAAGUACCAAGAAGGUCUGAUUGUCAGACAAGGUGGAGUCAUAAGACUGUCUGUUCCCAUUAAGGGCAAGCCAAUUCCAAUAUGCAAGUGGACAAAGGAAGGCCGUGAUAUUUCUCACAGGGCCAUGAUAGCCACCAGUGAAGAGCUCACUGAGCUUGUCAUUAAGGAAGCUCACACCGAUGAUACUGGCACCUAUGACCUUAUCCUGGAAAAUAAAUGUGGCAGGAAGGCAGUAUAUAUAAAAGUAAAAGUUAUUGGACGACCAGAUCCACCUGAAGGUCCACUUGAAUUUGAUGAUAUCCAGACUCGCUCAGUAAGAGUGAGCUGGAGAGCACCUUCUGAUGAUGGUGGCUCUGAUAUUCUUGGUUACAUUAUUCAGAGGCGAGAGGUUCCCAAGGCAGCAUGGUAUACUGUAGAUUCAAGAGUGCUUGACACAUCUUUAGUUGUCAAAGGACUGAAAGAAAAUGUUGAGUAUCACUUCAGGGUGGCAGCUGAAAACCAGUUUGGCAUUAGUAGAUCUCUGAAAUCAGAUGAGUCUGUCACACCAAAGACACCUCUCUCUCCACCAGAACCUCCAAGCAACCCACCAGAAAUUAUGGAUGUCACAAAGACUACCGUUGCCUUAUCUUGGUCUAGGCCUAAGGAUGAUGGUGGUUCUCGUAUUACUGGAUAUUAUAUUGACAGAAAAGAAGUGUCCACUGAAAAAUGGGUACGUCACAACAAGACUCAUAUUACAACUACAAUGUACACUCUUACUGGACUCAUCCCUAAUGCAGAAUAUCAGUUCCGUGUCAUUGCCCAAAAUGACAUUGGUCAGAGUGAACCAGGACCACCAUCUGAAUUAGUCAUAUGCAAGGAUCCAUUUGACAAACCAAGCCAGCCUGGAGAAAUUGACAUCAUUUCCAUCACUAAGGACAGUAUCACCAUUCACUGGCAACGCCCAGAAUGUGAUGGUGGAAAAGAAAUCCUAGGGUAUUGGAUUGAGUACAGACAGUCUGGUGAAAGUGCCUGGAAGAAAUGCAACAAAGAACGCUCAAAGGACAGGCAGUUCACUAUGGGUGGUCUCAUGGAAGCCACCGAGUAUGAGUUCCGAAUACUUGCUGAAAAUGAAAGUGGAAUUAGCAGGCCUCGCAGAACAGCAAUGGGAAUCAAAACUAAACUGAGUGUUGGAGAGGCACCAAGUCUUAAAGAAGAAAUGGAAGAUGUUACAACAAAACUUGGACAAUCAGGCACACUGAAAUGCCAGAUCCUUGGUAGACCUCUUCCUGAGAUCAAAUGGUACAGAUUUGGAAAAGAACUCAUACAAAGUCGUAAAUACAAGAUGAGCUCUGAUGGACGUAACCAUUCACUCAGCAUUCUAACUGAUGAGCAGGAAGAUGAGGGUCUCUACACUUGCAGAGCUAUUAAUGAUGCUGGGGAAAUAGAAACCAGUGGCAAGCUCUUUUUGCAUGCUGCCCCUCAGUUCCACCCUGGAUUCCCAUUGAAAGAGAAAUAUUAUACAGGAUGUGGUACAAGCUUGCGGUUACAUGUUGUGUACAUUGGGCGUCCUGUGCCGCAGAUCAUGUGGUUCUAUGGCAAGAAACCGCUGAAGGCUUCUGAGAAUAUCAUAAUUGAAAACACUGAGAAUUAUACCCACUUAGUUGUAAGAAAUGUGCAGCGGAAAACCAAUGCUGGAAAAUAUAAGGUCCAGUUGAGCAACAUCUUUGGUACAGUUGAUACUGUACUUCGUGUUGAAAUUCAAGAUAAACCUGCUGUGCCUGAAGGACCAGUUGUUGUUGAUGCGCUGCUGAAGAACUCUGUGAUCAUUAGCUGGAAACCACCAGCAGAUGAUGGUGGUGCUAUGAUUACAAACUACAUUGUGGAAAAACGUGAAGCAAAGGAGGGUGAAAAAUUCCACCUUGUUUCAUCUUCAAUCUCAGGAACAUCUUGCCGAAUUCCAAAUCUUAUUGAAAGUGCUGGGUAUUACUUCCGUGUUUCUGCGCAAAAUCAGUAUGGGAUAAGUGAUCCUCUUGAGAUUCCAUCUGUGGUCAUCAUUAAGAGUCCAUUUGAAAAGCCUGGAAUUCCCCAACAACCAGUUGUGACAGGAAUCACAAAAGACUCCUGUGUUGUAUCUUGGAAACCACCUACAAGUGAUGGAGGUGCCAAGAUCAAGAGUUACUACCUUGAAAAACGGGAGAAGAAACAAAACAAAUGGAUUGCUGUAACAACAGAUGUAAUUCUUGAAACUGUCUAUACAGUCAAAGGCCUAAUAGAAGGUUUUGAAUAUGAAUUUCGUGUCAAAUGUGAAAAUAUUGGAGGGGAAAGUCAAUGGAGUGAAGUAUCUGCACCUAUCAUUCCAAAAUCAGACACACCCAUGUCUCCUCCUGGCUUUAAAGAAGAACUAAGAGACUUGAGUGUCAAGUAUAAAAGUAACGCAACAUUUGUAUGCAAGGUUACUGGACAUCCAAAGCCUGUUGUUAAGUGGUACAAACGUGGAAAAGAAAUACUACCAGAUGGAAAGAAAAUUAAAAUACAAGAAUUCAAAGGUGGCUACUACCAACUGGUAAUCUCUGCUGCUGAUGAGGAAGAUGCCACUGUCUAUCAGAUCAGAGCUACAAAUCAAGGAGGAUCUAUUUCAACUACUGUCACACUGGAGGUUGAAGUUCCUGCCAAGAUUCACCUGCCAAAACAUCUUCAAGGCAUGGGUGCUGUCCACGCCCUUCGGGGAGAUGUGGUUACCAUCAAGAUUCCAUUCAGUGGCAAACCCGAACCUGCCAUAACAUGGCAGAAAGGACAGGAGGUCAUUGAUAACACAAAAUACCAUCAAGUGAUUAUUACAAGAUCAUUUACAUCACUUGUUUUCCCCAAUGGAGUCCAAAGAAAAGAUGCUGGUUAUUAUAUUAUUUCUGCGAAAAACAGGUUUGGUGCUGAUCAACAGACUGUUGAACUUGAUGUUGCAGAUGUACCUGAUCCGCCAAAGGGAAUAACUGUGAGUAACAUAUCCAGGGAUUCUGUCACUCUAACAUGGUCUGCCCCAGCCAGUGAUGGUGGAAGCCAAAUUACCAGCUAUAUUCUAGAAAAGUGUCCCAGCACCGGAGAUCGUUGGAUCCGUGUUGCUCAAACCCAAGAAACUCAUUACACAGUCAUUAAUGUGUUUGGCAAGACAGCAUACCAGUUCCGUGUGAUUGCCGAAAAUCAAUUUGGGCAGAGCAAGCCAUCUGAACCAACUGCUCCUGUGGUAACUAAGGAGGAUAAGUCAAUAAUUCGAAACUAUGAUGAAGAAGUUGAUGAAACCAGAGAAAUCAAAAAGGAGGAGGCACAAAUUUCAAGCAUAAAAGCUCUUUCUACUAUGUACACGAUUGCUGAGGAACUUGGUCGUGGACAAUUUGGAAUUGCUCAUCGUUGCAUUGAAAUCAGUUCCAAAAUGACAUUUAUGGCUAAAUUUGUCAAAGCAAAAGGCACAGAUCAAGAACUUGUGAGAAAAGAAAUUGAAGCACUAAAUGUGGCUCGACACAAAAACUUCUUGUAUCUUCAUGAGUCUUUUGAGAGUCUUCAAGAAUUAGUCAUCAUAUAUGAGUUUAUUUCUGGUGUGGACAUAUUUGAACGUCUUGGAACAGCUAACUUUGACCUCACUGAACGAGAAAUCGUCAUUUAUAUCAGGCAAGUUUGUGAAGCUCUUCAGUUCUUGCAUAGUCAGAACUAUGCACAUUUUGACAUUAAACCUGAUAACAUAAUAUACACAACACGAAAAAGUAGCAACAUAAAAAUUACUGAGAUGGGCCAGGCCAGACUCCUGAUACCUGGAGAGAACGUCAGAAUUCAGUUUACUUCCCCUGAGUAUUAUGCCCCUGAAGUUCACCAACAUGACAUGGUUAGCACUAUAACUGACAUGUGGUCAGUUGGUGUUUUAGCCUAUAUGCUUCUCAGUGGACUUAAUCCAUUUGCAUCUGAAACUACUCAGAAAAUGAUUGAGAAAAUCUGUAAUGUUGAGUAUACUUUUGAAGAAGAAGCUUUUAAGGAGACCAGUAUUGAAGCAAUGGACUUUGUGGAUCGACUGCUAAUUAAAGAAUGCAAACAUCGCAUGACUGCAGCUGAAGCCUUGGAACAUCCUUGGUUGAAAAUGAAAACAGAGCAACUCAGCAAUAAAAUAAUAAAGACUUUGAGACACAGAAGGUACUACCAGACUUUGGUGAAGAAGGAUUCAAACUUUGUUGUUUCUGCAGCUCGAAUUGCUCAAGGUGGUGCUAUCAGAAGUCAGCGAGGUGUUUCCAUUGGAAAAGUAAAGAUAGCACAACCUGAACAAGGUCUGAAAGCUGGUCAAAUCAUACAUGGUGUUGCUGAAGAAGGGGGACAUGUUAAAUUUACCUGCCAUAUUCAGAAUUAUACCAGCAGCACAGAAGUAACCUGGUACUUUGGAACUAAACAACUAGAGGCAAGUCACAAGUAUGAAAUCAGCUACGCAAAAGGAGUUGCUACCAUUUAUGUCAAAGACAUCAUUAGCACAGAUGAUGGCACCUACAGGUGUAAAGUUGUGAAUGAGUUAGGCGAAGACAAUGCCUAUGCAGAGCUCUUUGUAGAAGGUGUGAGAUCAUGCCGUGAGUACUUCAUUGGGCGUACUAUGAAAAAAGUGAAACGCAGAAUUGACACGACUCGACUCAUUCAGAGACCACCUGAAUUUACCUUACCUCUGUACAACCGUACUGCUUACAUUGGUGAGGAUGUGCGCUUUGGAGUAACUAUAACAGUGCAUCCAGAGCCCCAGGUUACAUGGUUGAAAUCUGAACAAAAGAUCAUACCAGGAGAAGAUGACAGGAAGUACACCUUUACAAGUGACAAGGGUCUCUAUCAACUUCUGAUUCACAAUCUAAAGCCUGAGGAUGAUGCUGAAUAUACUGUUGUGGCCCAAAACAAAUUUGGUGAUGACAGUUGCAAGGCACGUCUAACUGUUAUACCUCACCCAGUUACCACAGAUACAAUGAAACCACUGUUCAAACGCUUGCUAGCAAAUGUUGAGUGCAUUGAAGGCCAGAGCAUUCACUUUGAACUCAGAGUGUCUGGAACCCCAAUGCCUACUUUGAAAUGGGAGAAAGAUAAUUUACCAUUAGCUAUGGGUGCAAAGAUAGAAGUUGUUCGAGAAGACCUGGAAUGUUAUGUUCUGCAUAUCAGAGAAACUCUUCCUGAAGAUUCUGGUACCUACAGAGUCACUGCUACAAAUUCAGCUGGUUCUGUAAGUUGCCAAGCUACACUGAAAGUAGACCGUCUGACUUAUACAAAGAGAGAGUACAAGAAUGAGGAAGAGAAAGAAAAAUAUGUUCAGAGCCAAAUUGGCAAAACUUUGAAACUUGCUCAGUUCCUGUCAAGUACUGAAGCAACUGCAUUAAACCCUGUGGCACAAGAGGCACUGAAAGAAGCAGCGAGUCUGUAUAAACCAGCAGUUAGCACGAAGAAUGUGCAAGGUGAAUUUGAAAUUGAAGAAGAAAAGAAAAUUAAAAUGGAAGAAAUAAGAAUCCGUAUGCCAUAUGAAAUUCCAGAAUGCCGUGUUCAUGCUCCAGCUGCCCUUGAUGAAGAUAUGCGAAUCAAACACUUUGUACCUCUGUCUGAUAUGAAAUGGUACAAAAAACUCCGUGACCAGUAUGAAAUCCCAGAGCGAAUGGAGAAAUAUGUUCAUAAGCGACAAAAACGCAUUCGUCUCUCCCGGUGGGAGCAAUUUUAUGUUGUUCCACUUCCAAGAAUGACUGAUCAAUACAAGCCCAGAUGGCGUAUUCCAAUAAUUUCACAAGAUGACUUGGAAACAGUAAGGCCAUCUAGGUAUCGUACACCAUCACCUGAAUCUGAAGCUUCUUACAGACUUAGAAGAAGAUCCCUUGGUGACCUCUCUGAUGAAGAGCUUCUCCUCCCUGUUGAGGAUUACUUGUCAAGGAAGAGAAUUGAAGAAGAAACACUUCAACUUGAGGAUGAACUGGAGCUUGGCUUCUCUGCUUCACCACCUAGUCGUAGUCCUGUAAGUUUUGAAUUAUCUACACUACGGCAUCCUUCACCUAGAAAAAUGAUAUAUGUAAGGGAAGAAAAAGAAGAAGAGGAUCAACAAUACCUUCAGUACAAACAGAAGAGAAUUGAGAGAGAAGCACGUGUUUCUUCAGUAACAAAGGAUACAUUGAAAGAAACUGAAAAAAUUCGUACUACACCUCCAUCCAUUUCACAGGUCCUCAGAAGGAGGAGGUCUUUGUCUCCUACAUACAUUGAACUCAUGCGCCCUGUAUCUGAACUUAUAAGACCACCACGAGUUCGCCCUGCAGCUGAAGCAGAGGGUGAAGUUUUAGAAAGGAGAUCACCUACUCCUGAAAGAACUCGUCCUCGCUCCCCAAGUCCAGUUUCCACUGAAAGAUCAUCACGAUCAUCAUCCAGAUUUGAGAGAUCCGCAAGAUUUGAUAUCAUGUCUAGAUAUGAAGCAAGAAAGGCAGCUCUGAAAUCUGAAAGAAAGUAUGAAGUAGUGACUCAGCAACCAUUCAGCCUUGACCAUGCCCCACGAAUAACUGUGAGAAUGCGGUCUCAUCGGGUACCAUGUGGACAGAAUACCAAAUUUACUUUGAAUGUUCAGGCUAAGCCAGAAGCUGAAAUCAGAUGGUUCCACAAUGGAGAGCAGAUUCAAGAGAGCAGCAAAUACCAUUUUACCAACAUGAGUGGAGUUUUGUCUCUCCAGGUGUGCGACUGCCAAGCAGAUGACAGUGGCACCUAUCGUGUUGUUUGCACAAACUACAAGGGAGAGGCCUCAGAUUAUGGCACUUUAGAUGUUUCAGGUGGAGAAUAUUCUACAUAUUCUUCCCGUCGCAAAGAUGAAGAACCACCAACACCUUUUGUUCCCGAUAUUACCAAGACUGAUUAUUAUCAUAUAUCUUCUAUCAAGGCAGUUUCCUCUUCUGAAACUCACAUGGCAGUGAAAGAAAUGACAGCAAAACUGACUGAAACACAUGAAACUGUUGAAUAUGAAAAAUCUGAAAAGAAAGUCAAAAUGGUGGAAGCCACAAAAGUGGAAGAAGUAAGUCUUCACAAGAAAGUGAAGGAUACUGUACCAGCCAGAAUACUUACAAAACCACAGUCUUUGACAGUAACAGAAGGAGAAACUGCUAGAUUUGCAUGUGAUAUUGAUGGGCAACCAGCACCUACUGUUACCUGGAUGCGUGAAGGAAGAACAAUUGUCUCAUCUUAUCGUCAGCAUGUUGUUACAACACAGUACAAGUCUACUUUUGAGAUUUCUUCAGUUGAAUUAUCUGAUGAAGGCAGUUACACAGUGGUUGUACAGAACUCUGAUGGUAAACAGGAGGCACAGUUCAGCCUAACAAUUCGCAGGGCAGCACCAAAAGAAAAGACAGUAGCUCCAUUACCAAAGGUGAAAUCACCAGAGCCUACGGUGAAAUCUCCAGAACCCACACGUGCCAAAUCCCCAGAACGUCAGAUUAAGUCACCAGAACCAAUAAAAUCACCUCCCAAAGUAAAGUCACCAGAGCCCAGAGUUAAAUUGGCAGAAUCAGUGGGUGUUAAAUCCCCAGAACCUUUUAUUAAGACACCUGAACCAAUAAAAUCACCACCAACAGUAAAGUCACCAGAGCCUAGAGUGAAAUCUCCAGUAUUCAUACCUCCUAAGUCUCCAGAACCUCGUAUCAAGUCACCUGAACCAAUUAAAUCUCCCAAGAGGGUUAUAUCACCUGAACCUCAUAGAGUUAAAUCCCCACAAGCUCUCAAGUCUUUUCAAAAGGUGAAACCACCAAAGAUUCUCCAUCAACUUAAAGCAGAAGCUGCUGAGGACAAAGUAAAGAUGGUUUGUGUAGCUGAAAGCAGCAUAAGUGAAGCUAUAUGGUACAAGGAUGGGAAAAGACUGACACGAGGUACUCACUAUGAUUUCCAUACUUCCACUGAUGGCACAUGCACUCUCAGCAUCCAUAAUAUUACUGAAAGAGAUCAAGGAGAAUAUGCAUGCGAAGUCAUUGCUGAAGGAGAAGUCUCCAGAACAUCAUUUUCGUUUGUUGGUCAAGUGUUUCAAACAAUUUACUCAAAAGUCACAACUUUCAUUGAAACACAGCAUAAACAUGAAAUGGGCAUCUCAGCGACAAAGGCAAUUCAGAAAGAGGCGGUCUUAACUUCUCAUACAAAAACAGAGGUGACAGAACAAGUUGUGAAAAAGGAAAUUUUUUAUGAAGAAGUUCAGGCUUACUCAGAAGUAAAAGCGUCACAUACUAAGUUGUCUUUGUCUGAGGGUCAGUCUGUUACUCUGAAAGCAAAUAUUCCUGAAGCAUCAAAUGUGAGAUGGAUACUAAAUGGAAAAGAACUGGCAAAUUCAGCAGAUUAUAGAUAUGGUGUCUCUGGGAAUGACCAUACUUUGACCAUCAAGAUGAUCAGCCAGCACGAGGAAGGAAUCAUCACAUGUGAAGCUACAACUGAACAUGGGAUUGUUAAGUGUCAGUUUGAUACAACUAUCACAUCAAAACGUUCAAACGCUCCAUCAUUCUUAGUACAGCCAAAGUCCCAGAAUGUCAAUGAAGGGCAGAACGUGAUUUUUACAUGUGAAAUCACAGGAGAUCCUAGCCCUGAAAUUGAGUGGCUAAAGAACAAUGUUCUGGUAUCUUUAUCAUCUCACCUGAAACUGAGCCGUUCUAAAAAUGUAUACACAUUAGAGAUUACAGAAGCUUCAAUUUCAGACAGUGGGAAGUACACAGUAAAAGCAACAAAUAUGUAUGGACAGUGCUCUACUACUGCAUCUCUAAAUGUCCUUGCUCUGGUUGAAGAACCCACAAAAAAGAUAGUCAUGGAGAAAAGUGCUACAGCUUCCAGUGUGCACGAAAGUUUCUCUGCCAAGGCAAUCCAUAUGGCUGCCUCUAUGCAGGAGGCCUCCUUCAGGAGCUCCAGCAUGGCUGAAGCUAAAUUUGAAAGCAUGUCUGCAACUAGCAUGUCCUCCUUGACGUCUGAAUCAAUGGUAGCAAUGAGCUCCAGCAGUAUGAUGAAAAUGUCAAGUCAUUCACAUAUAGAGGGAUCCUCUAAAAGAGCCAUUACACAGAGGCUUCAAGGGUCACCACCAAAAAUUGAAGCUCUUCCUGAAGACAUCAGCAUUGAGAGAGGAAAGGUACUUACUGUAGCUUGUGCUUUCUCUGGAGAUCCUGUGCCUGAUAUUGAAUGGACUCAUUUGGGACGGACCCUGCCCUUUACAGAGGAAAGUGACAGGUUCCAUAUUGAGACCACUGAGGAUCUCACCACCCUCAUCAUCACUAGUGUGAAAGAAAAUGAUGCUGGAUCUUACACCCUUAAACUAUCCAAUGAGCUUGGAUCUGACAGUGCAACAGUAAACAUUAGGAUUCGCUCACUGUAAAAAAUAAAAUGAUAUUAAGUGAGAAAAUUACUCUUUACUUGAUAAAGGCAUUGCUAACUGUUCUUGUAAAUAGGAUUUUUAUUAUUUUUUUUUUUACCAAACUUGACAUUAAUUUAUGCCACACUAGACUAAAGUCUACAGUUGUUAUAAAAUUUGCCAUAUUGGAUUAUUAUCACUAGGAUUUUUAAACCAUUUUUCUGUGACGUGUAUAUAAUGUAAAUAGCCGAAUUUACCGGUUAUGGAAUAUGUAUGAAAUGUUAUUUAUGACAUUAACUGAAACAAAUAGAACUAAAUGUUUAUCAGGAGAAAGUUUUGAAUGAAACGAAUACCCUGAAAAACCUGAAACUAAACUAUGUGCCUCAACAAUAAGUUGAUGUCUUAAGAUUGCCUCAACAGGUGGAGAGGCUCCCUGUUGAAGUUUUUGCUAGAUUUGAGAGACAAUGUCGUGCACUGUAUAACCAUACGUGCAAUAACAUUACCAUGCUCAUAUGAAUUGUUACAUGUGCAUAAGACCCUGAGUGCUGUUUGCAUUUUACCCUCAUGUAAGCUGCACAACUGGGCCUUGUGUUCAGACUGACUGUGUCAUACCACCAUUUCUUAUGACAUGCUCAAAGUGCGAGCGGCCUGCACUUUCUGAGCCAUUUUUAAUGUGCUCUGUUUCUGGCAAAGGACUCCUUGAAUAGACUUUUGAAAACAACAUCACCUGGCCAUUAUCUGUAAAAGUACUUCAAGGACUUCUUUGCAGAAGGAGAGCCAGCUCUAGGAGGUUUGCUUGGGUGCAUUGUGUGUGUCUGUGUGUAUGCUUGUGUUUCUGUGUGUCUGUGUGUUAGCUUUAGAAUUUCACCUCGUCAUUAAUCAGGGCAUUCACCAAGGAAGUGUGCCGCAGCAACAUCACCUGCUGUACCAAAUGAAAACAAAUGCAUUACAUGUUAGCCCUGCACUUUGAUUUUAUUGAAUUUCCUUAUGUAGCAAUACCUACAGUAUAUAUGCAACCUCCAUGAGACGUAUUAACUGUUGAUUUAAUAAAGCAUGAUUUCAGCACCUCA